UGAAAGGCUGAGUUCCUUAGAAGGAAAGACGCAGAGGUUCACCACUUUGUGAGAGACUGUGUGAGCUAAUAGUUCAACUGUUUCAGAAUAAUGUUUCUGAGUGUGAAAGAAUGAGUGGAUUUCAUCAUCUACAGAACAUAAUAUCAUGAAGAGAUUCAGAGGAUCUGGAGAAAUCUCUGUACUAAAGGGACAAGGACCAAAACAAAGACUGGAUUCGUCCUGAUCUUCGGGCCCUCAGGCAGCACUACAUUAAAGACAGACAGGACUCUGGAGUGGAAAUCACUGCAUUGACUCCAUAAAUUCACAAAUGCAGUUUAACACUGAACCGUGAAAAGAGCCAGUUAGAAACAUGAUUAAGAAACACCAGAGACUUUUCUGGACCUGAGCUCAUGUAGGACGGACUUGAGGGAAGAGGAAAACUCCUGUGGUUCGGAGAAUCACUAUUUGACAUUCUUCUUGGAAACUACGACCGUCACAUCCUUUUCUCUAAGGAGUAGAGGGUCCACCUGGCUUACUCUCAGCUUCCAGUCCACAGCCAACAUCCCUGGUGAUGGUAUGAGGAUCAUUCACAUCUGUGAAGGCUCCAUCAAUGCUGAACAAUAUCUACAGGGAUUACAACAGCAUGGCUCUGUAGGAGAAGAGUCCUGCUGUGAAACUGGCCAGCCUGUUCACCUUGAUUUACUUCACCAUCAGCAGAAAUGUUAGUUUGAACAACAGCAAAGUUGACUUGUUUUAUAAAAUGUUCAAUCAAAUGUGAAUCAUUGCUAGCUCAUUUCAAUAGGAUUUUAAAAAUACACAGAUCUCCAGCAGAAGAAUUACACAAAAGGUCUUAUUUUUAGAACUUACAGGUUUAAAAUUAAAAUGACCAAUUUUCUUAAUAAGUGACCAUGUUACACAAGGGAUGACGUGAAGUGGGCGGACUGUUAAAAAAGAGGGACCUUUGCUGAGUCAGGGUAAGACUACCUGCUACCCCAAGUUUGCUGUAUAAAACUGCUCACAUUUACAUCAUGCGUUACACAUUACUAUGAUAAUGAUAGGAUAGCAAGUGAUGCAUUUCUUCUGAAAAUGUAGAAUGUGUAUGUGCUGAGAUGUGUGCCACUAGAAAUUGAAACUGAAUAAUUAUACUGAAUUUCAAAAGCAGGAUUUGAAAUUUAAGUUAAUGCUUUAAAACCGAAUAUGAAAUUGUCAUCUCUUCUCUUCUUGGAUAACUGGACAGCAGAGAGAAGAGGCUGAGCCAAGGCCUCUGUGGUCCAUUCUUGCUUAAGGUAAAAAAAAAAAUUUAAACCCAGGCUUACUUUGUGUGGUUUUGUGUAAACUCGAGCUUAACUGACUGUCUGUGAUAGACCUGCUGUGCUUCAUAUUGAAACUCAUCACACAAUACGUCGGUUGGCUAAGGUCAUAUGUGAAUAUGUGAGCACACAAGUGUCCUAUUUGGUCACAGAGCAGAGUUGUUCUGUGGUCCAGCAGCUGUUUGCAGCUUUGUUGAUAAUGAUGCUAGACUGUGUUUUGAGUGUUUAAUGUGUGUGUGUGUGUGCGUUACUUAUGGUCCUGUAUUCUACAAGUUAUGUAAGAUUUCUGCCUGAUACUGGAGCACUAGAUAGGGUGGACCGCCCGAUCAUGGAGGCCGGGAAUUUCGCACACUGCUGACACUCAAACCUAGGCAUGGUGAUGUGGGACAUUUAGGCUCGGACUUGGCUUGCGCCCAACCUCUUUUAACAAAAUGCGACUGAUCUUGUAGCUACAUACUGUAAGUACAGAUAAACCUCAACCUCCAUGUCUCCAGCAACGGAGCAAAGAAAGAAGAUAAAUGUGCUAUGUUAUCUGAAGCUAUUCCUUUAUAUCGUCCUUUAACCCCUCUAUUGAGAAAGGCAGGUGAUGUUCCCAUGUUGUUUUCAAUCUCAAUGGCUUUAAUAUUCACAAUGAACAUACAGUUGCUAAGGAAAAUGUCCCACGUUCAGUUUUAGAAGGCACCAGAAGACACACCUAGGCCCAAGUUGCCCCCUACACACUCGCCCUACACACUACCCCUCUUUUCCGCGUCCCCGCAGAGGCUCCGCCAUAUUGAAGGCCGCCCCAAACCACAGAGAGAGGAAAGUGAGUGGACCGUUCAGCCCUCAAAUAGCGAGUCUGCACCGAUGCACACUAACGGCAGGAUUUACAGGUGGUGCGCCGGCAAUAAACAACAUACAAAUAUAAGUUAUGUAUGUGUCCACCUUUGUCUUUCUGACAAAAGAAGAAAAAAAAAAUCACAAAAGACGUAGUUUGGAAAGAUCAAACGGAAGUCGGAAAUCUUACUCUCAACCUCGUUUUCUAUUUCUCCUGCCUUUUUCACUGUUUUUGGUGAAAAAAAACCCAAUUAUGUUGCUUUUCCUCUUCAUUUCUGCAAGAUUUCAAGUUAUUUUACUUAUGUUACCCUGCCAGAUAUGGAAUCAAUGUUAGCUUUCAUAACGUACACAGGAUCUUGCUGCUGAUGCACAUGUAGCCUAGCUUAAAACACGAUCUCAAAAUCAGCAUUGUGCUUUCAUUACAAAUUUAUUUAUUGAUAGUUAAUCAGUUUUUACCUCAUUCCUCUCAUGUCUCCUUCCUUUUUUGCGACUCUUGGCCGGCUCCUUCGCUUUUAUCAAUCAAUUAAAAUUAAUCAAUUAAAAAGGUCACUCGUCUCGCCGGCACACCACCACAACACCCACUGCGUCGCCACCCUCGCUCUGAUGCAAUCUCGUGCUGCAUUCAAUGCAUAAAAUGGAGAUUCACACUAGUAAAUGUCAAAUUGGCCAUUUAAUUUGUCGCUGCCAACUGGGGUGGCAACAGAGGUGGCAAACCUGUCUUUUAGAUGCCACCCAUAGACUGUAUAUAAGAUGGACAGAGUCUGCCUCCUCGCUGGGUGAAGCCACUCCGAGAACAGCACCCUCUGAUGGUGGGCUGCAGUACAGGUCAUAAAUCCCGCCUCCGCCAGCAAAGCUUAUGGGACUGUGGAGAAACUUUAGAAAUUUAUUACACAGAACAUAAAUUUUUCUCCCCCCUGCUUGUGAUGUUAACAUGUAGUUAUUGUAAGACUGGUUUGUGCCCAAGUCCUUUUUUUUCUGUACAGCUCUGUUUUUAAAAGUUAUUAGGGGUUCAUGUUUUCUAUGAUUGACACCUGGUACAGCCUAUGGGCGUUCAGGGAUUGCGUAGCUCUCCCGGGGGGAUACGCUGUUUGAGCCGAGCGUCAUCACAGGGACUCUCGGCGACUGCGCGGCCGAAUGCGCACAACGCUAAUGCGCAGCUCUGGUUUCAAGGAAGUGGAGAAAAACCCGGAAUUACCGAGAGCUUUUUGGCUUGAAAUCCGUAUACAGGCGGAAGGCGGAACCAGGGUGUCCAUCUUAUAUACAGUCUAUGAUGCCACCCCAUGCCACGCCGGUAGAUCCGCCCCUGUAUGGCAAUGAAUCUUUCUGUUUUCCGGUGGAGUGAGGUGGGGGUCCCAUACCCGCCCGUCUUGUUUAUACCCUCCCAUUUCAAUUGAGGCGCACUCCACAGCUGCAAGUGUAACUUCAUUACGAAUGACACUCGGUAGUGAAGGGCGGGUGAGUUGGGGGUGGUUUGGGAUUGGGCCCUAAAAGGAGUUUUAGUAGAUGUGAAUGAAAGCUGUGUGAAUCUGUGCUCGAUUACUCUUCCUCACGGACGUAGAUGACCUAAUGGAUGUGCCACACUGAACUAAAACUGAAUUGUAAAACUACAUGGAAAUUGUGUUAACUGUGAUUUUAAAAGUUGUCAUAAGUUGUAUUUUAUAUAUUUUUGUCAUGCUUUAUGGCUUGAAUUUUGUUUUAGAUGUGCUAAAUGUUCUGUGCUUGUUAAAAAAAAAAUAAUUGUAAAACUGAAUCUGAAACGGAAUCAUUUUUUUUAUUUUUGAACUUAAGCAAAAGAGAGAGUUGAAUUUUCAUGUAGGUUAAACACAAUUUCGAAGCAGGUAAAUUCAAUUCCAAAACAUUAAUUUCAAUUUCAAAUCCUGCUUUUCGAAUUCAAUUAUUCAAUUUCAGUUUCUAGUGGCACAAAACUCAACCCAUGAAUGUAUACUUGCUUUAAAUUGAAUUAUUUCUGCCUGACUCAUGUCAUAUUGUGCUGCAGUUCUUUCUUCGUGCAGCGGGAGGCGGUAAUGUGAGCCACAACAGAUUCGGCCGUUUCUGUAGAAGAGGAAGAAGCAGUCCCCCUGCAUCGGCAGUGUAACUGGAAGUACAAACGCUGGCUUUCUAUAGUUCAUUCUCUCCACAAUUCAUCAAAUUUUACGAUAUUUUAGCAAGUUCGUCGUCUUUUUUGAGCUAUGAUCCAGAAUUGAUGGGACCGGGCAAGCUAACUCGGACUGUUUAUUGAAAUAGCAGUUUGCUCGGUUGCUAGCUCCCCGUGCUGCAUUAGCUCCGUGUCGGUUCAUAAUGGGGCGAGGAGCGGGACCAACCCGGAACAGACCCCCCACGGGACCGCCAGGCGAGGACAGACUCCCACUUGACAUGGGUCCUCCGCCACCGGGCUGGGGUCCUCCGCCACCGGGAGGCUGGGGGCCCCCUCCUCCUAAUGGGUGGCCGUUGCCGCCUGAUGAAUGGGGCCCUCCGCCGCCCGGAGGCUGGGGGCCACCACCACCCGGAGGGUGGGGACCCCCGCCGCCUGGGGGCUGGGGCCCCAUACCCCCUGAGGAAUGGGAGCUUCGAGGGCGUCCUCCACCCGACUGGGGACCAGGAGGACACCUACCGCCGGGCUGGGGUCCUCAUCCCGACGGCUGGCUGCCUCCACCGGACUGGAGACCCCCACACCCCGACGACUGGAGGCCUCCUUUCCCCGACGAUCGGAGACCCCCGCAUCCCGACUGGAGGCCCCCGCACCCCGACUGGAGACCCCCGCACCCCGACUGGAGACCCCCCCACCCCGAAGACUGGAGACCUCCCCCAGAGGGUUGGGGACCACCUGGCUGGGGUCCGGACGGGCGACGUGAGCCGUGGGGACCUGAAACUGGACCAGCAGUUCCACCGGGACCAACUGCACCACCUGUACCACCUGUCCCUCCCCCUCUUGCAAUUCCUCCUCCGGACCCUGCAGCCUUCGGACCCAUACCUGUCCCCGCUGUCCCCCCUCCAGCCUGCCCCCCUCCGAUUGGGUACCCGGCCUACCCUCCUCCUGGCUGGACUGGUGAGGUGAGCAGCUUCACCCCGCAUGUCUUAUGUCGCACCAUGAUCCUUUUCUCUUGGAUCAGUCAGGUCCCUGAGUCUCUGUUCAGCAUUGCUUAGUGACUUUAGGCAUUUAUAUGGAUCACCUGAAGUUUUGUCCACCUGAACCUGAUGACCGAAGAGGUUUUUUCUUUUUUUGUUUGUCAGAUCGUAGAAGAACCAAUGCCAAACCCGCCUCCAGAUCAGCCUGAGUGGGUGAGUACAGACUAUGAGAUCCUUGACUAUGAGAAGAAUCCAACACAGACCUGUCAGACCACUUUACCCAGUUCCUCUCUGACAAACAAUUCAGAGUGAAGGGUCAAGAACUGUUAAGAAACCGCCAAAGGCCCUCCAACAUCUGUUUGUUUUUUUCUGAUAUUGUGAGAUUUUUGAGUCUGUGUUUGUUGAUCAGAGAUAGUAUUCUCUUUUAUUAUUCAUCACAAAUACCCUCAGGCUAGUCUCUAGACAGUUACUCCACAGUUUAUGUUUAUGUUUAUGUUUAUGACGGAUCCCCAUUAGUCUUUACUUUGUGACAACUAUUCCUUCUGGGGUCCUCCACUCAUGCAUACAGUCAACUAAAAUAAAAAAAAUCCAUAUGAUUUCAUGGCAUUGUACAAUACAAUAAAGCAAACAAAAUACACAAGUACAAACCAUACAAUCUGGUUUAAGCAUUGAAUAAUUAUAAUGAGAAAACAAACAAAAUACAAACAGAUAACUGAGUCACUAAAAUGCCAGUGAGCAAACAAAAUACAAAAAAUACAUUUGAAAUUUAAAUAACUCAAAUAUACUAAUAUAAGUCCUUCAAAAGUGUAGUUGAAAUUUCUAACUAAACACCACUUCUUUGUCUAUAAUGGCUUCUUUUAGUUUCUUUUUGAAUCUCCCUUUAUUGUCUUUUUUAGUUAUAUUUGUUGGGAGCCUAUUCCAGUGAGCUACUGCUCUAUACAUUACCGUACUCUUGAGAGCAUUAGUUCUUGGUCGAGGUAAAGUGAAGUGGUCACCCAUGGCAUGUCUAGUAGCAUGGCCAUGUCUAGUAUUUGUAGGUUCUAGUUGUAGGUGUAGAUUUUUUGGUUUUCCAAAAUGAUAAAUAUUUAACAGAAAUACCAGCAGACUACAUGCCAGUCUAUGGUCCACUCUCAUCCAAGACAACUGUCUGUGCAUCCAUUCAACACUAGUCCUCCCUGUGCAGCGGAGGGCCAAGCGGGCUGCUUGGUUUUGAGUGAUCUGCAGUUUAUGUAAGUCUUGUUUUGAUGCGCUUGACCAAACUGCUGGGCAAUAAUCAAGACAGGAUAGAACUAAAGAUUGUAAUACAAGUUUAACUGUUGAGGCAGACAACAAGUGUGCAGCCCUUCUUAUCAUUGAGAUAGUGCCACUCAUUUUCAACACCAUUUUAUCCAUAUGUGAUGACCAGGAAAGUGUUUUCUCAAUGAUCACACCCAACAGUUUGACCUCUUUAACUUGUUCAAUAGUAGCACCUUGUAUAGCAAGAUUCAGUUUAGGAGUAGAUCUCAGUGUAUAACUGGAACCCAGCAUCAAACUCUUUGAUUUUAAAACAUUCAGCUUCAACCUAUUUUCACUAACCCAGUUAGAGACUAAUAUCAACUCACCCUGCAGCAAUGUGUUAACUAACUCAGAGUUUCCCCAGAUACAUACAUUGUAGUGUCAUCAGCAUAUAUUUCCAUGCGUGCACUCCUUAGUACAUGUGGUAAAUCAUUAACAUAAAUUGAGUACAAUAACGGGCCUAGGCAACUCCCCUGGGGUACACCACAUUUGAGGGUCACCAUAUCUGAAACUGUACCAUUAAACACCACACAUUGUUGCCUUUUUGACAAAUAACUUUUCAUUAACCUAAUAGCACCAUCUUCAAAAUGAUAUGCUGAUAACUUCUUUAAUAACCACUCAUGAUCAAUUAUAUCAAAUGCUGCGCUUAAGUCCAAGAGCACAACGCCCACCAUUAACUUUUCAUCAAUAUCUCUAAACCAGUUCUCUGUUAGCGAUGUUAGUGCUGUGCUUGUGGAAUGGCCAGCUCUAUAUGCAUGCUGACACUCAGUGUUGAUGUUAUUUGCUUCUAAGUAGCAUUGAAUCUGUUCAUACAUUGUUUUUUCUGUCAAUUUACUUAAUACAGGUAGUAUGCUCACAAGCCUACUAUUUGGACCAGCAAAUGCCUCUCCACAGUUUUUUGGCAUUGGAGUGACCUUUGCAAUCUUCCACAUCUGUGGAAACACACCCGUUUCAAAACUUAAAUUCAAAAUAUGACAUAUAGGUGCCACAAUAAACUUGGCUGCAAGACACAGCAACCUACCAUCCAAAUUAUCAGCUCCACAUGGUUUAUCUCUAUUAAUUGAUAGCAAAAACCUCUCGAGUUCCUCUAGUCCUAUUCUCUUAAAUUGAAAACUACACACCUUAUCCUUCAUAAUCUUAUUUCUUAUAACAGAAUCCACACAUAUACUGCCAUCUGGUAGGCCUAUCAUCUUACCUCUAAUUGUAUUUAGGGCUGCAGCUAUCGAUUAUUUUAGUAAUCGAGUACUCUAUCGAUUAAUCUGUCGAUUAAUCGAGUAAUCGGAUAAGAAAUGUUUUGCUCUCACUGUAAUACUUUGCAUUGAAUCACGUUUGCCUCAUUAAAAACCAUCAGUAACACACAAAACUGAAAUAGGCCAGGUCUUUCAAAUGAAUAUUUUUACUGCAUAAAUCAGGAACCAAAAGUUUUACAUUUUACCAUGUAGUUCACAUGAAACUACUGAAGGCAAGGUCUGCAGAUGGUCUUUUAAUUGCUAUGGUAAUGAUCUUUGCAGUUUUCACUAAACCAGUCACAACUAUUUCCAGGCUUUGGAUCUAAUUUUACUUGUUUGAUUAAUAGGCUGAAAUAAUAUAAUUCUUGGAUACUAACAUAAUUUGACAAGCAAAUGUACAUUUAUUCAAUAUAUAAAAGUGUUACAUUUUUAUUUACAUAUUGUUGUGUGUUGGUCAUUUUGCAGCCCUCUGCUGCUUAUCACACGCCUAGCAGGUGGUGUAUAGCAUUAUCACCAUGGAUACACGGAUGUUUGUGUGAUUUUUUUCAUCCACUGCCGCCCGGUUUGUGUCGUGUAGAUGUUGAUUAUGAAAACACUUCGCAAUAAUUUGGAAACGUGAAGGGGGAGCUGCUGCUGCCCGGUGUUUACGGUAAAUAGACGCAAACACCGACCAAGUUGACGCUUCGGUCUCCGAAAACGCCGAGACAAAUUUACAAACAGCCACUAUUUCAAACAACUGGGCUCAUAAUCGUGAUGUAAACACUUACUUUCUCGCUAGAAAAAAUAUUAUUAUUGAAUGAAUUUAUAUAAUUUGUCCGGUAUGCAGUCGUUCUAUGUAGCUUGUGGUAGGACUAUUUAAAUUUUCCCGGCGCUGCGUCCGGCCGGCACGAAAUGCAUUCUGGGGUAUUUAGUAUGUAUGUGUGUAAACGCUCGGGCAGCCGCGGCAUACUCAAAUCAUCUUUGAGUAGUCAGUAGGCAGUAGCUACUGCUUGAGUAGGUAAGUAGAUAGCAGGCAGUAUGCCAUUUCGGACACAGCUUCUGUCUGUCCUCGUUUCCCUCCAUGAUUGAACCAAACGCGCGGCAGCGGAAGGAGCGGAAAGAGCACGCUUCUGCGCAACAGAAAUAACCGUCCGUGUCAAACACCGUGCGCUGCACAUGGUUCCGGAUUUAAACGAUUCCUCGAGGCAUAUAAUUUGCCUCGAGGAAUUUUAUUAAUCGAGUUACUCGAGUUACUCGAGUAAUCGUUUCAGCCCUAAUUGUAUUAACUUUAUUAAUGAAAAAAAUAUUAAAAUAAUUCGCAAUGUCAACUGGUUUAGUUAUAAAUGCACCAUCAACCUCUAUGAAUGAAGGCACUUUGGCCGUUUUAUCCCUAUCCAUAGAUUCAUUGAGUGUUCGCCAAAGUUUCAAAUCAAUCAAUCAAUCAAUCAAAUUUUAUUUAUAUAGCGCCAAUUCACAACAGUCGUCAUCUCAAGACGCUUUUCAAGGAACAAGAGCAGGUCUAGACCACGCUCAUUGUUUGAUGAUCAAGAACCAACCUAAGAUGGGUUUUGGCCCAUCUCAACUAACAUGAGUAGCAGUGGCAAGAAAAAACUUCCUUUUAACAGGCAGAAACCUUGGGCAGGACCAGCCUCAUGCUAGACAGCCACCAUGCCGCUGCUGGGUUGGGGAGGAAUGUAGAGUGAAGAGGGGAGAGGGGAGAGGACAGGGGAAGAGAGAGAGAGAACAAGAUAAGGGAAGGCGAGAGAGAAUGAGUAAGGAGAGGGAGGGGGAGGGAAAGAGAGUAGAGAACGAGGGCGAGAGAGAGACAGGGGGCAGCAGAAACAACAGCAACAACAACAACAGCUCAUGUAAUGGUGAAGAAAAAAGAGUUCAGUUUACAGGGUUAGGAUAUGAGUGAUUGUGGACAGUGUUAAAUUAAUUGAGUAUGAUUACAGUUAGCAGUUAGCAAGCCUAAUCGUGGUCAGUUCUGGUUUAUGUUGUUAAUGUCAGUAAUGUCAGUGAGGCUGAUGUUCAUGUCUGCAGUAACAGUUCAGAGGAAUCCAAGAGAAGAAGGAGCUCAGGGCCUGAGGUGGACAAUCAUAGAUGAUGCGGCUAACAGUCCAGAGGAAUCCAAGAGAAGAAGGGGCUCAGGGCCUGAGGCGGACAAUCGUAGACGAUGCAGCUAGAGUCAGGCAGGUCUGCAGCAACGGUCCAGAGGAGCCAAAGAGAUGGAGGAGCUCAGGGCCCAGGGUGGACAAUCAGGGAUAAUGCAGCUGGGGUCAGGCAGUUCAGCAGCGGACCGUCUGCAGCAUUAGUCCAGUGGCAGCUAAGAGACUCAGAGACACUCAGAGAGACGGAAAACUGGUUAGUGACUUAUAUGGGACAUAAAUAUCUAAAGAAGAGAUAGAAACAGAUUCUAACUCAAAGUUCAAAGCUCAAAGUUUCUUACUAUCAUUUUUACACUCCAUGAAUUUGCUUGAAAAUAGUGUUUUUUCUUCUGUCUAUUCAUUUUAGUUAUUUUAUUCCUUAGAGUCCAGUACUCCUUCCAAGCAAUCAGGCAACCAGAUGCAGUUGCAGACUCCUUAAGUAAAUCUCUCUCUUUCAUAAACUUUCUCAACUCAUCAUCAAGCCAAGGAGCUUUAAUCUUCCUAACAGUCCGCUUUUUAAUUGGAGCAUGUUUAUCACAUAUAUCUGAAAAUAAUGUUGUGAAAGUUGAUAGAGCAUCCUAUGCAUCAUUUCUGUCUAUCACUGAUUCCCAAAUGGCAACUUUCAGAUCAUCCACAAAACCUUCUUCAGAAAAGUUCCCAUACAUUCUUCUAUGAACAAUCUUAGGCCCCGUUUUGGGUACCAUCGCUUUCCAAGUUGUUGCAAUUAAGUUAUGAUCGCUAAUACCCACACACACAGAAAUUGCUUUAGAACAUUUUUCAGGUGCAUUCGUGAAAAAAUGAUUGAUACAUCUAGAUGAGCGUGAACCAUCCUUAUUGAUACGAAUUCUAGUAGGUAAGUUCCCAAUCUGCGACAGGUUGAAAACAGUGGCUGCAUCACUCAACUUUCUUUUCAAAGAACAAUUAGAUGAGCGUGAACCAUCCUUAUUGAUACGAAUUCUAGUAGGUAAGUUCACAAUCUGCGACAGGUUGAAAACAAUGGCUGCAUCACUCAACUUUCUUUUCAAAGAACAAUUACUCGAGAACCAAUCCACAUUCAUAUCUGCUGCAAAUAAUAAUUCAUAGUUUGAGUCGUUUACAUUCUGUAGCAUCCUGCAAAUGUUAUCUAAAUAUCCAUAUCAUAAUAAGGUGGCCUAUAGCAGCAACAUGUCAAAAUAGGCUUCAUAUGUGAUAGCUGCACUUGAAGCCAUAGAGCUUCCACACCCUUCAUACUGAGGUCUUUCCUGAUUUUUGCAGGGAUCUGCUCUUGAAUGUAGAAUGCUAACUGGUUCACUGAUAACAGAGUGGAUCAGAUAGCUGCUUUAGGGCUUACCAUCGUGCUACCUGUUUCUGUUAUGUGAUGAUUCUGUCAAUCAUACGCUGAUAAAACGUACAGAAAAGUUGCUCUUGUGACUCAGAGAAGUAGUUUAGAAAUUGGUCGGCUCCAAACUUAGAGCUUGUCGUCACAUUAUUCAACAUUUUGGUGACUUUAAUGGCAUCCCCUUUGCCACGGCUGUCUGUGCAGAGGAGACUUGAGCCCCUCCAAGUAUGAAACAGGUGGCAUGGAGACAUGUUAAAAGGAGCUGCAGUGGCCAGAAUACAAUCGAGACUUGACAAAGUUUGUAUCCGUCCAUGCAGCUUUUUGUCCCUGAGUGUUGGAAAACCUAAAUAAAACUGCAUUUUUCUGUGUUUCAGAUCAAAGCCUUAAUUUCGGCUCCAGGCACUGAGUCAACUCCUGCUGAAACGAAAAAACCCACAGAGGAGUCAGUAGUCAUGACAACAACUGCAACAAAUGAAGCUGCUGCUGCUGUUGCCCUGAAAACUACAACCAAGACCAAAACUAAACCUAAAACCAAACCCAAGGCAGAUGUAAGCAACACCAGCAAGGCGCUGGGGCUGCUGGGAAAACGAAUGUUUGAAAAGUAAGACCACACAACCUCACACGGACACACACGAUUGAUAUUUUAGUGAUCAGUUUGUUGUCCCUAUCAGAUAUUUCGCUCAUGUGUUUUGUCUUCAACACAGUCUCUCUCUAAAAAAGGUGACAGCUGCUUUUCUGUGACUCCUUGUUUAGUUGGUUUUAGUGUGAUGUCACUUCAUGUAGUUCCCCUGUGUGUGCCACUCAUCUGAAACAUGAACUACAUGCUGAGCAUUUUUGUGUCUGUGUCCUCAGGCCUCCUCCAGGAAGGUCCACGGGCAUCAUCUCAUUCAUUGGGGUAAGAGCUUCAACACAACCUGAGAUACCUCCUGGUUAAAUCCAGGACUUUAUCAGGAGGUAUCUGCUCCUUGUAUGAGAAGUGUAUGCUUGAGGUGUAUGUCCCAGACUGAUACCUGUUGUACUCACUCCUCAACUCACCCUGACUUUACACAGUACAUUUAAAAACAGUGAAGGGGAAAGUCUUUGAUAUAGGUGUCCAACUGCUUCCAGCCCUGCUAGAUAAAGUCAGGAAUUUUUCAGGAGUCUUAAAUGUCAUUUUUUAGCCUUACACCCAACACACGAUGCCAUGAGGUCACAUGUUUUUACUGUCUUAGCAGCAGAAUGUCACCCAACACCACCUACCGUAGCAGAGGUGGACAUCCUUCUGUAAACAAUUCAAGUGUAAACUGGGACAAGGACAGUAGUCCAGUGAAGUCGUCUUACUGAGCUCUGAGUGUAGCUCGACUUAACUCUGCAUAUGAACAACCUGACAGAAACCCUCUUUAUCUUCAGGCAUUUUCUGUUAAACUGACCACUAUGAUCCAGAUUCACUUAGAUUGAGGCCUUUCCUUUGUCUCUGCUCCUCAGCCCACAUUUGGAUACAUUGAGAGAGAAGAUCUGGAGAGGUUCACCUUCAGCUUUGCUGCUUUCUUUGGAAACCCCAAAGCCAUGACUCCUGGAGUCAGAGUUCACUUCACUGCCUGCAUAGAGAAGGUGAGAGGCACGCAGCUCCCGCACUGCACUUCUCAGCCGUCUGAUGAAAAACCUGAGAUAUCUGAACCAAUGUGAACCAAUACAUGGUAUACACAACCAGAAAAAUCCCUUUUGAAGUUAUCUUGUGGGGGAUUUGUUCAGGUGUUCAACAUACAGUUGUGAGUGAAAGUCCCUUUAAAAAAAGCAUAGUUUAUUUAUUAAAAAAUUAACCUUGAUAUUUAUAGUCUCUCUGGUAAAUAGGAAAAAAAGACAAUAUUAUCAGAAAUCAUUAAUGCACAGUUUUUUUUAUUUUAUAAAAAGUACAAAAUUACAAAAAUAAAAAUCAUAUUUUUGGCAUGUGCAAAUGUCAGGGCACCCUGAGAGCUUUAAAGUGUCUGGUCUUUAAAGAUUCUUUUUAGAAGCUCAGACUUUCACCAGCUCGUUAGUCGUGAAGAAGGUGUCAACAAUUCUUAUCAGGAAGCGCCAGCUGAUGCCAAUUUAAGGGGUUUCAACGCCACAAACCUUGUGCAUUCAUCCAGCAACCAUGGGUUCCUCUAAGAAGCUGUGUAAGAAAAAAAAAAAAAGUUAUUGAUGCCCACAAUGCAGGGGAGGGCUACAAGAAGAUAGCAAAGCAUUUCCAGCUUGCAGUUUCCACAGUGCGAGGUAUAAUUAAGAGAUGGUAGGUGAGGAGAACUGUGGAGGUCAAGAUGAGAUCUGGAAGACCAAGUAAAAUCUCAGAGAGAACAGCUCGUUUGCUGGUCAGGAAAGUAAAUCAAAAACCACAUUUGACUUCAAAAGACCUUCAAGAAUAUUUAGCAUAUUAGCAGACGCAGGAGUGGUGUUGCACCCUUCCACUGUGCUGCGAUGUUUGAACAAACAAGACCUUCAUGGAAGAGUCUGCAGAAGAAAACCUUUCCUGCAUCCUCAUCAUAAAAUACAACGACAAAAAUAUGCAACAGAACAUCUAGAGAAGCCUGAUGACUUCUGGAAACAAGUGCUGUGGACUGAUGAAGUUAAAAUAGAACUCUUUGGCCACAAUAAGCAAAGGUAUGUUUGGAGGAAAAAAAAGGAACAGCUUUUCAUGAAAAGAACACCUUGCCAACUGUGAAAUAUGGGGGUGGAUCCAUCAUGCUUUGGGGUUGUGUUGCAGCCAAUGGGACAAGAAACAUUGCUCAAGUGGAGGGGAGAAUGGAUUCCAUUAAAUACCAGCAAAUUCUGGAGGCAAAUAUCACCGCAUCUGUAAAAAAGCUGAAGCUGAAAAGAGGAUGGUUUCUACAGCAGGAUAAUGAUCCUAAACAUACCUCUAAAUCCACCAUGGACUACCUCAAGAAACGCAAGCUGAAGGUUUUGGAAUGGCCUUCACAGUCUCCAGACUUAAACAUCAUUGAAAAUCCGUGGGUUGUUCUUCAAAGAGUUGUGCAUGCAAGACGACCCAAAAAUAUUGCAGAACUGGAAGCCUUUUGCAAGGAAGAAUGGGGAGAAAUCCCAAAGGAUAGAAUCCAGAGACUUGUAGUUGGCUAUAAAAAAUGUUUACAAGCUGUGAUAUCUGCCAGAGGUGGUCUUACUAAGUACUGAAGGUACUGAUGCUGAAGGGUGCCCUGACAUUUGCACAUGCCAAAAAGAUGAUUUUUAUUUUUGUAAUUUGUACUUUUUAUAAAAUAAAAAGUAACUGUGCAUUAAUGAUUUCUGAUAAUAUUGUCUUUUUUCCUAUUUACCAGCAAGACUAUAAAUAACAAGGUUAAUUUUUUAAUAAAUAAACUAUACUUUUUUUAAAGGGGUGCCCUGACUUUCACUCACAACUGUAGAUGGGAAACAUGGAGAGUACAGUGGUCAAGAUCACUGGCUGGGAGUCAAACCAGUGACCUCUGCCGUUAGGACCAAGUCUGAAGUUCAUGAGUAACAUUUUACUUUCUUGUGGAAGUUUCAGGUUUUUUUUCUUUCAUGCAUCUUCUCUGACACUGGAUCUGUCCAUCUUGUGUGCUCAUUUUUUCCUUCAGUGACAAAUUCAAAUAUUUUCUGGAUCAUGAUAUGGUUUCAUCUGUUUAUUUAUUUGUUAGGAUCCCCAUUAGCUGUGUUCUGGAGCGCCGCUAGUCUUCCUGGUGUCCACAUUUAAAAACAAUACAUUUAAAGGUACAUUUAUGAUCACGACUCAAAAAAGACAGGACAGAAACUUGCAUUAGAUUUUAACAAAAUCUAUGGGUUGUUAUCUACAUCAUGGGACAUAAGUCGGACACUGAUACCCAGUGAUUAUAAAAAGAAAAUCACAGUCAAAUAAAAUGAAGAUAAAAUGAAAAUAAAUAAACAAGUCAAAUCAAGCUUUUGGAGCAUUCUUGUCAUCAAGCUGAAGACAUGGUUUUUAGAUCAAUGUCAAACCUUUUCCUUUUUGGUCAGACUGGUUUGUUUCUGCGGGUCGUGGUGCUUUCAUUAUCUUGAAGAAAAUUCUCCUGAUAUGAAGGGUCUUCUUAGAUUAAAACCAGACUGAAUAAUUGUUCUUCUUGUUUUGGAGCAGGACAGUCUCAUAGCCACGGAUGUGAAAGUGGCUCCAGGUGGGACAGAGAACGUGGACACAGAGAUCUACGAGGCGGUGGUCAGUCAGCCCAUUGUAGAACCUCAGGUUAGUUUGCACUGCAGACUUUAACUCUCCUCCCUGUUUCUCCGUCCUUGACCCUGUCUUUCCGUUUGUCUGCAGCCUGGUGAGCGUCAGUACCCUGGUCAGGUUCACGUAAAUAUCGGGCCCCUGAGGACGAACCUGACGUUUGAGAGGAAGGACAGCACAGUGACACUGCUGAAGGAGGACCAGGUGCUCAUUAACCUGCUGACCGACAUCGUCAGCGAGAAGAGGAGAGCCACAAACAUCAAACCCAAAAUCCCCUCGACCUUCGAGCACACCAAGGAGAAGCGGGAGGAGGUACGAGCUCCUCCACCUGCUGAGGGGUGUAAAACCCUCUUACAGAAACGGAUAUCUCUAAUCUACCUGUUGCUGACUCAGAGGUUUCUCUGCUAGUGACGGAAUAAAACUAAAAAUUUUUUCAACAAUCUGAACUAUACGCCAGACUUAUCCUGCUUAACAUCUGUCACCAGUCAGUACACCGUUUGUGUUCAUUUCUUCCUUAUCAGGGUGUCAUCAUCAGCCUGAAGGAUGGCAAAGGUGUCAUCAAAUCGGAGAAACAUGGCGAGCUUCCCUUUGACAUUAAAGAGAACUUCAGUGACGUGGAGUUCACUGAGGAAGACAUCAACGAGAAGGUGGAGUUCACACUCAUCACAGUAAGGACUUCCCUUAUUUUUCAUUUCACCGUUUUAGGACUUUGCACACGUUUGCCAAGCAUAACAGAGUAUCAUCCCCAAUUUCCACCGCAUCAGGAUUGGCUACGAAAAGGCCGUAUCCGCCGACCGUAGCUGAUCAUAACCAUUCAAGUUAAUGUGUUAAUUUCCACCGGCUUCUUUCUGUUCCUCUGUGAAUCGCCGGACUCCGCAGCUGGUCGCGAGAUUUUCCGAACACCAGAGCAUGCCUGAUAAAUUCAGCACAGAUUAGCCCAUGCUGGAAAGGAAGCCAGGCACAGACACAAAAUAAAAUAUCCAGCUUCUUUUCAAAUUAAAACACGCCGUGUUUCAGGUGGAUCAUAUUUCACACCAUGCAACCGGGCGGGGAUGAGCAAAUGAAAGGUUUUUAGACAGCAUUUCACCCCGAUGACACCAUGUAUGAGGAGAUGCUGAUUUUAUAAGUCUAGAAGUAGAUUUCCUCCUCUGGAAGGACACAAUCUACUGCUUAUAUGGUUAGCCUGUGUGGCUAAAGACAACCUGUUAUCGUGCGGUUGCACGUGAAUCCGCAGGUUCUUGUGAGUUCUCACGAUUCCUGCUGUCUGUAAUCUGCAGCGAAAUUCUGCCGUGGAAAUCCCGGGCAACACCUCAAACUUGGAGUAAAAACAGGAAAUUAUUUAUUUGUGCGUCAAAUGUUCCCAGAUCGGAUUCUCACAGAUUCUUAAAAAGUUUUGAAUGAGAGUAGUGCAAUUUCAGAUCCUAAAACAGGAUUUCUGCCGGCCCUUAAAAAGUCCAAAAUUUUCCGUUUUACGUCUUUGUUUCCUGCAUUCACUUUGAUUUUCAUUGAUGCUGUUGGCCAUUCAUAAUCUGUAUUCUUGACCUUUUCUUCACUAUUAAAGUCCUUUGUCAUUAUUUUGACCCAAUGCCUUUGUUUCAAAUGGCUAGUUCUGGAAAUUAGGUAUUUUCUCUGAAUAGUGUCCCAGAGAUAUUUUCUAUGUGUUUUUCAGCUGAGGGCGGGGAAGCAGGCCAUCAGGAUCAGGCGGGUUAAGGAGCCCCUCCUUCUCACCCUCUGCUCAGCCAAUGCAGCGGUUGCUGCGGCCACUAAGGAGGACAAUGCACAAAACUCAGAUGAGGACAACAAAGAAGAAACUCUCAAGUUUUCAAAAGCAAAGCCCAAAAUGGAUCUGGGGCUCUACAUGAAGCUGGAUACAGAGCUGUACGAGGGAAUUGUCAGCCAGACCAUUAUCGAGCCCACGGUGAGCAAGACUAGACACGUGACAGGCCGUCCUAAGAAAUGUGGCACAAUGAUACGAAUCCUUUAAGCUGUGAUUUAAUAAGGCAUUGAAUGUUACGAUAUCAAAAUCCAUUCUUUUGAGGCCCUAGCAGAAGCUUUUGGUCUGCUAGCUCUGACAAAAACCCACUUCUACAUUUCCCUCCGCUCUAUAGUCCAGACAGUUUUCACAGAGCUUCUGUCCUGCCAGGCUGAGUACAUUGUGCUCACCUGUACAGGUUUCUCUAUAGAUGUACUUUUAAGGCCCAUGAGCUUCAAUUUGGUGAACUGUUGUGGACGGUGACUUCCAAAAUCCAGAGUUAAUGUGUUUGCACUCUUACUCUUUGUAUGACCACUAAGCUGUAUCGAAAGGAUGAGUGGGCAUUACUGCCUCAUGCAGUUAGUAUUUAGUAAACUCAGAGGACAUUUAAAGAGAAGGGGGCAGUAGUGGGAAGACAGCCAGGAAGUGAAGAGAGCAGUGAGAGUUGCCAGGAGGUGGGGUCUGACCACAGAGGAGGACAGCAGGGGCUGAUGGAGGGGGCUGAUGGUGAUCAGGAGGAGGAGGACAUGGAGGAGGAUUCUGACUGUGCCUCCGUUGGAGACUCUCAGGGGGGAGAUCUGUACACACUGGAGGAAAUCGAUGGCUUCCUCUGUGAAUCAUUUGGGAAAUCUGUUAAAGUAGGUGACUAUUUUCCAGAUGCAGGAAAGUUUAAUAAAAGUGUUCACACCCUGCAGAAGGUAGUGGGAGUGGACUUAUUGGAUGAAAAAAAAACGUUUCAGGUUGAAGAAACAUGUGACAAACUUGAGAAAGAGCCUUAACCCGAAAAGAAUCUCAGGAAAGUUAAAACUUAGUAAGUAAAUUAUGAUGGAGUUGCUGCACUGGGUGUUUCUCCUUUGGCUGGUUUCUCUACCUGUUUUCUCUCUAUCUCUCGGGGAUGCAUAGGGUGAGGAUGGGCAUCUUGAAUAUUAAUGGGGGGAGGGAUCGGCAGAGGAGAGCAGAUAUCUCCGAGAUGGUUUUACAGAAAGGGUUAGACGUAGUUUUCCUGCAGGAAACACACAGUGAUGAAGAUAAUCGAUGGCGGCAGUAGCUCAGGAGGUAGAGCGGCGGUCCAAUAACUGGAAGGUUGGCGGUUCGAUUCCCCAUUAUCCCAAGUCUGUCCGUUGUGUCCGUGGGCAAGACACUUAACCCACCUUGCUCCCAGUGUGUGUCCUCCACUGGUGUAUGAUUGUGAGUGUUGUGUGGUGGUGGUCGGAGAGGCCGUAGACGCAAAAUGGCAGCCCCGUUUCCGUCAGUCUGCCCCAGGGCAGCUGUGACUACCAAGAUAGUUUACCACCACCAAAGUGUGACUGUGUGAGCGAAUGAAUGAUGUAUCCAAUGUAAAGUGCUUUGAGGGUCUCUGAUAAAGCGCUUUAUGAAAUCUGAUGCAUUAUUAUUAUUAUUAUUAUUAUUAUAAUGAGAUAGACUGGGGAUUGUGGUGGAGGGGCCAGUAUGCUCUAUCUCAUGGUACAAACCUCUCUGCAGGAGUAGCCAUUCUUUUUUCAGCAGGGCUUGAGUUAAAUAUUACAUCCACCACAGAGAUAGUGACAGGCAGGCCUUUGGUCAUCAGGGCAGAAUUACAGGGCAUUCAUUUCUGUUUCCUUAAUAUCUAUUCUCCUAAUCUGGGUGCAGAUAGGCUGAAUUUUUUCCAUAAGAUAAGAGAUUUUUAAAGACAAUGUGAGCAGAGUGAGUGUGUAGUGAUGGGGGGGAGACUGGAAUUCCACCACAGAGUUCACAUUAGACAGAAUAGGACAGGAACCUCAUUUCAGAUCAUCCACAAUUUUGUCCCAGAUUGUGUUAGAGUCAGAUGUUGUGGAUGUCUAGAAGCUUAAACAUCCCCGGGUUAGGCAGUACACAUGGGUUCGAGUGGUGGGUGGGAGCAUGAGUGCAGCCAGGUUAGAUAGAAUCUACAUGACAAAGAGUUUCUGCAACAGGCUUCUGAGCAGUCACAUUUACCCAGUAGGUUUUACUGAUCAUCACUUAGUCACCUUAGAUUUUCAUAUCGCACAUACCCUGAAAUGCAACUCAUAUUGGCAUUUCAACACUAAACUGCUUCAGGACAGUGUGUUCUGUUGGAAAUUUGAGGAGUUCUGGGCAAUAUGGAGGGCAAGGAAAAGAGAGUUUGAGUCUCUGAGUCAGUGGUGGGACGUAGGGAAAGCACAUAUGCGGGUCUUCUGUCAGCAGUACACAAAUCAUUCCACAGUAACAGUCCAAAGAGUAAUACAGGAUUUGGAGACAGAAAUCAGAGAUUUGGAGAAUAAGUCAUCAAAUCGUGGCAGUGCAGACGGCCACACACUACAACAGAAGAAACAGGAACUGGGUUCCUUUUUACGGGAGAGAGCUUAAUGGGCUUUAGUCAGGUCACGUUUCACCAGUGUGAGAGACAUGUAUGCUCCCACAUCUUAUUUGUUUAAUCUGGAGAAGUCAGCCUCUCAGAGCAAGCAGAUGGUGGGCCUCCACCUCCCUGAUGGUACGGUGACGACUGACCAGACUCAGAUGAGGCAGCAUACUGUGGAUUUCUACAGCAACCUCUUCAGGAGGGAGGACUGUGACCAACAGUGUGAGGAGGAGCUGCUGCAGGGGCUUACUCAGCUGAGUCCAGAGGAAAGAGCGGUCCUGGACGCUGGAAUCGCCAUGGAAGAACUUACUGCUGCUGUGGGUCAGAUGGCUCCUGGUCGUGCUCCUGGGCUGGAUGGGCUGCUGGCUGAUUUCCUCAAGCACUUCUGGAAGUGUGUUGGUGUCGAUUUGUGGGCGGUGUUGCAGGAGUGUUCAUGGACAGGCCUGUUGCCGGGAUCCUGUAGGCGUGCAGUUCUUUCUCUGUUGCCGAAGAAGGGGGAUCUGACUCUACUCAAGAACUGGAGGCCAGUGGCCCUGCUAUGUACGGAUUACAAACUUUUCUCUAAGGUGCUAGCUAACAGGCUCAAGGAUUUCCUGGAGCUCAUCAUCCAGAGGGACCAGUCAUAUUGUGUACCGGACAGAUCCAUCAUGGACAAUUUGUUUCAGAUGAGAGACCUGUUGGACAUUUGCAAACUGUACAGUAUUGAUGUUGGUAUCAUAUCCUUAGACCAGGAAAAAGCUUUUGAUAGGGUGGACCAUGGAUUUCUCUUUGCCACUUUAAGGGCUUUUCGGUUUGGGGAAAGGUUUAUAUCGCAGGUGGGGCUACUGUAUAUGGAUGCUUCCUGUCUGUUGAAAGUGGGGCGUGGGUUGGGCUGUCCGUUGCACUUUCAGAGAGAGAUCAGACAGGGAUGUCCUAUCUCUGGAAUAUUGUACUCCAUAGUUAUUGAGCCUCCUCUGACCAGGAUAAGAGCCAAGCUGUCAGGUCUUCUGUUGCCAGAUAUGCCUCAGCGCCUCCCGCUGGUAGUGUCUGCUUAUGCGGACGACGUUACAGUCAUUGUGCGGGAUCAGGAGGAUGUGGAUUUGCUGAGUUGUAGUCUAAAUCUUUAUGAAAGGGCUUCUUCAGCAAAAGUUAACUGGGGGAAGAGCAAAGCGUUGUAGGUUGGGCAGUGGGCAGACAGGGACAUUCCAAAGCUGCCAGGAAACCUUGGUUGGGGGAGGCAAGGGUUAAAAAUCUUGGGUGUCUUUUUGGGGACAGAGGAGUUUCAGGCGAAGAAUUGGGAGGGUGUUGUGGAGAGAGUGUGUGCCAGACUGUCUAAAUGGAAAUGGCUGCUACCUCAGCUUUCCUACCGGGGACGAACCCUGAUUGUCAACAACGUGGCUGCCGUGACUCUGUGGCACAGGAUGAUCGUGUUGCCUCCACCCGGGGGCCUGGUGGAAGAACUUCAGAGGGCAGUUGUGGACUUUUUGUGGUCUGGUUUGCACUGGCGGAGAGCAGCAGUCCUGUACCUGCUGGUGCAGGAAGGGGGGCAGGGCCUGGUGGACAUUGCAUCCCGGAUCACAGCCCAGAAACUGCUGUACAGCAGUGUCUGGGGUAUGACAUAUGACCGGUCUGACUCCGUUUUAUGAGUCAGUCCUGCAGGCAUGGCAGGUUCUCAGGUUCCAGCGGAAGGACGUUGAGAUGGUGGGGGUGUGGAUCCUGGAGGAACCUCUGCUUGGUAGCGGUCUCUUUACAUCUCAGGCCCUGUCCUCUGCCAGCCUGAGGUCCAGACUGAGGGAGGGUGGCUGUGUGAAGCUGGGUCACCUCAUGAAGACCUCCAUUGCCCAUCUGUCUGAGCUGCUGAGCAUCAGGUUCAGGAGGCUGCUGCUGAGGCUGGUAGAGGAGGUCCGGGGUCGCUGCCAGGAGCCCUCAGAGCUUUUUCUGAAGACAGGGCUGUGCUGGAUCAAUGGGAGGAUGGAGCUGAGUAUCCUUUUCCUUCUCUGACAAUCUCUCCUGCUGGGGGUCAGUGGCAGGACGAGGGGGACGUCCUGUUUUCCUUCCGGACCCCAGUGCUAGGUGAUCUGGAGACCCUGGGGAAGAGGGCGGCAUACCAUCUGUGUGUCGAGGUCUCCAAUCUCCGCUCUCUGGUGCGGGUUAGGGUGUCGAGGUGGACAGAGUUGUUUGGCAGGGGUUGAUCCCCGCAGGGCUGUUGGCGUCCCUGUACUCUCUCUCUCUCCUGAGGUUUCGAGCCUUUUCCUUUGUCAUCUUUGCUCGUUUAAUUUUGCCUUGUUUCUCGCUGUUGGAGUUUUGUGUUUGUUUUUGGUGGAGUGGUGUAACAGAGGAUGGACGGGUAAUAAAUGUUCGGCUUCAAAUCUCUCUCUUUCUCUCUCUUUGUCUCUCUCGCUUGCUCUCACUCUCUCUUACCGUAUCUCUCGUUCUCUCUUGCUUUAGCCUACCCUGCCAGGCUACCCGGGUCAGAUCCACGCCAACAUUGGCCCUGUAAAGACAAACGUGACCUUUGAUCACCGGGACUGCGGCGUCACGCUGCUGAAGAAUGACCACGUGUUAAUCAACCUGCUGGUUGACGUGAUGACCAGGAAGAGGAGAGCAGCCAACAUCAAGCCCAAGAUCCCAUUCACCUUCAGCUACACCAGAGAAAAGAGAGAACUGGUAACUUCAUCACUCCAGAAAAUAACACACUGCAGAGUCCUUAACGUAUGAUUUUUAGCCAAGCCGAUAAUCACAGUUAUUAAAGGAUAGAGGUCUGUUGUUUUUACAUGAUUUACAUCAAACUACAGCUGAAAGUAAGACUCCUUACCUAAAUGCAUUUCACCCUCCUAAGCGGAGGCUCCAUUGUUAGGUUUUACCGAGGUCAAUACCCUCUUUACUGUGUGCUCAUGUGAAGUGUUUAUUAAUUGAUUAACAGGGCAUCAUCACCUACCUGGGAGCGGACACAGGUAUUGUUAACUCUGAGGAGCAUGGAGAGCUGCCCUUUGACCUCUGUGAGAACUUCAGCGACACCGAGUUCAACUCCUCCGACAUCCACAAAGAGGUGGAGUUCACAGUGGGGAUGGUGAGUCUGACAGAGACUGAACCUGCUUAGCUACACUGAAUAAGUCGUGACGCUACAGUAUUCUCUCUGCAGGUGAAAUUUGAAAAAAGGGCCAUCAGGCUUCUGAGAACAAAUAGGAAUGAGGACAAAAUCCUGGAGGAGCAGAAAAAACGGGAGGAGGAGGAGAAGAAGAAGAAACGAGAAGCGGAGGAGAGAAGGAAACAGGAGGAGAGAAAGAGAGCCGAAGUGGAGCAGGAGCGAGAAAGGGAGGCAGAGAGGAAGAAGAAAGAGGAGGUGGCAGCAGCACUCGCGGCAGCUAAAUGCAAGGUUAGGAAAACAUAAGGAAGGGUAACGUAAAGGAGGAGGAAGUGGCUGGUGGUGCCGGCUUCACUCUGUGAUGUGUGUGUACCCCUUGGAAUUUAUUCUGCUGUUAAGACUGUGGUGAGUUCCUCAGUUAUCUAAAAUAAAGCACUGAGUCAACACAGGUGUUUGACAGGUGUUGAAUUUUUCUGAAUUAUUUUUUGAGUCCAGCUCAAACUUGGCCAGAUAAAUUGGAAAAGACAGCGGUGUUCCGUCUUGAUUUUAGGUGGUGUGUAGUGCACACAGUUGGCAGCAGCAGGCCAGUGACAGUGAGCUGUCACGGCUACCGAGUCGCUUUAAUGAUUGGAAAAGGUACAUUCUUUUCUGAAAAUAACUGGCCUUCAGUAACACAGUGAAAGAUUUAAAGCCUCAAAAUUUGACACAAAACUACUUUUUGCUGUAGUGUUCAACUUUAAAAAUAGGCUUUAUCAGUGAGUGUCUUCUGAUGAAAUUCUAGUGGUUUGUCAAUAGAUUAUAAUGAAAUAACUCCACAAUCUGAAGAAGAAUGAAUCCACAUUAUAAGACAAUGAAGUGAAAAUGAGGAGUUCAUGAAAAUGUGGUAACUAACAAACUCAGCUUCUUCUGCUGAUGCAGUUAAAAUGUAGAUGUGCUACAAUCUGCUCUCUUCUCUGCAGGCCUUUACUCUCCAGUUUUUAGGUCCUGCAGAUCAUGGCUGCUUUGUAUUUACAAACACACCUUUUUUAACCUCUCAAACCUCAGAGGAAACAGCUUCUCAUUUUUCCCCAAACAUAUCCUCUCAGCUGUCUUCCCACUGACUUCUCUUCUGUCUUUCUGUCCUCUGUCAGUGGACCCCCCUUGGCUUCAAAAUGAGAAACCCCAACACAAUGGAAGACAUCAGCAAGGAGAGGUUUGAUGGCACCAUCCUCAGAGCCAUUUCUAAAAACCCUCAUAUUCAGGAGAUCAAAAAGGAGACAGAGGAGGGAAAAGGAAUCAGUGCUGAGAAUGGGCACAGUCCCUUUGAGCAGGUACUCAUGAGUCUUCAAGUCUCGGAUAUGUUCUGGAGUUUGUUAUUUUUUUGUUAAACUGAUGAUGAUUGAAUGAUGUCUCUGUGAAGGUCAAAAUCAAGGUGGAGAAAACAGACGAAUCAGAGAAAGAAGGAAAACCUGAGGUAGGAGAGGUGAAGAAGGAGAAUAAGGAGGAGGAUGAGCAGGGGAAAAAGGAGCGGUCGGGUGAUGCUGGAGGCGGGGCCAAAUUAGACCCAGAGGUGGGACGGCUGGUGAUGACCAUCAACGGGGAACAAAAACAGCUGCAAUUUGGUCCGGAUGACCUGCUGAGCACUGCCACCAUGCUGGAUGGAGACAAGGUGAGAGGAGAAGGAGGUGGUUCAGGAUCAAUACAGCUAUUGAAGCUCUCUGUGGCAACUUUCUGGGGGAAAAAAAGAAACAAAACAACAUGAUUUGACCAUUUUCAUGGUGACUGUCAUCCAAUGAAGAUGACGAAAAAGAUGAAGAGUAAGAAUGCACUCACAUUGGCCAUGUAUAAUGUCCUUGUUUCACAAGUUGAGCUGUGCAGUGAACAAGUCUGCAACAUCGCUGACUCUGGCUGUGAAGAGCAACUCUCAGAGUUAUUAGGGCUGGGAAUCUCAGGGUACCUCACAAUACGAUACGCAAUACAUAGCUCACGAUAACGGUAAAACUCGAUAUGGCGAAACUGCCAUUAUCGAUACAUUGCUCCUGGUAACCUAUGAUACGUCUGUGUAUUUAUGAAAGAGGGUGAAAAGGGUGAAAGAAAAACAAACAAUCAAUGACAUUUCAUAGUUUUCAUUUUGCAGCAUAAAUUAACCACAGUGUAACCAGCGAUAGUGCAAAAACAUCAACACUGUUUCAGUGCAACAUAACUGUAAACACUAUAUUUUUAUACUGUUAUAUUUUUAGUAAGGCUGUCAAAGUUAACGCGUUAUUGUCGCGUUAACUCGAGUGACUCUUAUCGCCACUCAUUUUUUUGACGCACGAUUAACGCAAGCCUUAGUCUGGCUUGACCAAACUAUACACACACUGCGUGGAUAUUCUUGCCGUUGUAAAAGGGUAGAGGAAAAGUUGGUGAGGUGUCCAGGCUAUGUGAGCCUCGGGGCACUCCGUAGUUUCGCGAAUCAGGAAGUAGAGCACUGACUGAUACCACAGCAGACAUAAACAAAUCCCCGUGAGCAGUAACUGGGAUAUAAUGGAUAAGAACACUAUUUUGAACAGAAAGUUCAGCUACAAAGCCUUGCCAGAUGGCUCUCUUGACAGGUUACCACCGGAGUACGUCCAGUCUCAAAUAUCACUUGUCGGCCAAGCACACAGCUGAUGCAGAGAGCCCCCCGCCCCGCCAGCCAACAACGCUGAAUGUGCAAGGUAAACAGAUGGAGAGCUCGACUAAACGCAAACUUGAAACAGAAAUCGCUAAAUGGGUGGCUACCGCUUGUCGGGCGAUUAGCAUUGUGCAGCACGUUGGUCUGCGUGAAAUCAUACGGAUCGCAUCCAAUGACUGGACAUAUGAAUUACCUUGUAGGACCACCAUUACCACGAAAAUCCACGAUCUGUUCUCAUGUUGAUUCUCAUGUUGAUAAAAGUAUAACAAUUUGAAAAAGAUCAAUUUCGAAUGGAUCAAAAAUAUGCGAUCAAUUUGCGAUUAAUCAUGGUUAAUUAUGAUCACAAUUCGAUUAAUCGCGAUUAAAUAUUUUAAUCGAUUGACAGCCCUAAUUUUUAGUGAACAGAAAAGUGAACAGAAGCUUUGCCUGAAAGAAAGAACAGGGUAUUUUCGCCAGAAUAUCUCUUUUAAAGGGAUAUUCCGGUGUGUGUGUGUGUGUGUGUGUGUGUGUGUGUGUGUGUGUGUGUGUGUGUGUGUUUGCAGAAGAGCAAUAGAUGCUAAAAGAUGAGACAAAAGCAGGAGUGCGAGUGAAGAGAAGUGUGUGCCGUGGAAAAACUACAACUCCUGGGGAAAAAAGACCUAGGAAAAUAACCUCACUUCCGAUUGUCGCGGGCAUUGGUAUGCAAGAAAAGGAUUUCAGUGAAGUCACCAAUUUAAUUAUUAGCUCAUGCUUCACUCUGCUGUGCUCAUGCACAUCGAUGCGCAACUGUGAAGCCCUGAGAAAGUAUCCUAUGCCGAGGUGUGGCACAGAGCACAAGCACAGGCCAACCAGAGUGAACUUCAAAGGUCAUUAGAGGUCAAACAAGCCUGAGUAAUGUAUGGAUUCCCCAGUGUGAAUAACUUUGCAAAGGGUUGGUGGGAAAAAAAACCUUUGCUUCCAAAAUGCAGUUUUAAAUGUGCAGCAUUUAACCUAUGCCCAUUCUGUAGCACAGCUGUACAGGACUGUUGAUGAGGGACUUCACACCGCAGCGUGAUGGUUGACUCUGUUAACGGGCCACAAUAGGAAAAUGGAGAAAACAUGGAGAGAACAUUAAAUUUCCUGUCAUUAGGGUAAACUGUGUCAAAUGUUGUUUCCUACCAACACUGUCCGCAGGUCUGAAAUCCACAAGAGUCACACUGAAGUUCAAAAGUCUGGUGUACAUUACAACACUGUAAUGUAGACACUUAAAGAAAAACGCAGGCAGUCAGUGCUUUAAGUCAAAGAAUUAAGAGUCUUCAAGUUUGUGUUUUCAAAAAUGUAAAUAAAAAGUGAUCCUCGUAAAAAGUAUCAAACCAUCCACAUUAAGAAAACACAAGAAGAAGCAAAAAGUUCAUCUGGUCCUGUCGCAUCAUAACUUUGUCACAUAAUGUAUUUUCUUAUCAAAGUUUUCGACCUUCUAAAGGAAACUAUAAGCCCUCAAUAGAUACUAUUAACUGUUUCUGAUCUGUAAAGGUGCGUUUCAACAUCGCCACUCAUCAGGAGACCAAAGACGAACACGCAACCUUCGUGGAAAUCCUCCCAGACUCAUUUGAGGAGUCCACCGAACAGAGGCGACACGUAAGUCUUUCAGAAACAUCCAAGAAACUAGUUGUGAACUUUGAGUCUAUUAAUUAACAGAGUUGAAGUCACCGUAAUUUUAGAGAUUGCACCAAAUCAAAAUGGGAUUUAAAAACAGCUGGUGGGUUUCCAAUUGUUUGUUUUCUGAACCAGGGGAUAGUGAUUGAGUUCUCAGAAGACUCAGGGCUCAUCAAGUGCACCCAGAACCCUCAGCUUUACUUUCACAUGUCAGAGGUGAUAGAGAAGAAGAGACUAGAGCUGAAUGAGAAGGUGGAAUUCAGCGUCGUUCCGGUGAGUACUUUUUUAGCCUCUUUGCCUUUUUUAAUAGACCAGAGCUCUAAUGGUGCUUCUGCGGCUGGAAAACAGAUGUUAAGGUUCACAAAGGCUCCACAAGAGGAGUAUUCUAGAGAUUAAUUAGGAUUUGGUGUUAACAAUCCCUGCAAUUUUUCCUAGAGUUUGUUUUGGGAUGACAGUGUUUCCCACAGGACAGGAAUCUAUUUGUGGUGGUGUGUGAUUUGAGGAGCAGAGGGGAUAACUACUCAUCUGCUGUGUGAUCGCAGAUGACAACUCGCUAAUACUUGAGUAAUAUGCAGCCCCGCAGUGUAGUGCCUGUGUGAACCGCAUAUUCUGAUACAUGCUGAGUCCGAGGUAGCGCCACUUAAAGAAAUACUCAUUUUAAGGUGUGGUGUCUUAUUUUGCCAAGGUGGUGUGUCACAAUUACAUAAAGGGGAAACCCUGAAUCAAGAUUAUGGCUCAGAGACAUACAUGAUGGCCUUGGAGCCUCCCUGUACUCACUCAUUAGGAGUCUUCAGUCUGUCCCUGUAUAAAAACAUGAGAAAAUCAGGGAGGGUGUCAGUUCAGCUUACUCUCUGAACUUUGGAAGGUGUCUCAAUCACAUAAGUCGUGUGAGCAGGGGCAGACGUUUUUAUCGUGAAGAAGCCAGAGCACAUGGCCACAAUCAAGGUCAUUAUCAGGUUAGCUGAUUAGGUAACCUUUGGCAUGUCCACUCAAAACUCUACCAAGCUCUGCGUCAAAAUCACAGUUCAUUUCAAUGCUUAAUAAGAUGUCUCUUGUUAAGUCUGGUCUGAAAGUCCUGGGAACUGAUUCUUAAAAGUCUAGUGCUUUAAGUAAUCUUACACAUGGCUGAAAUAAGUGCUGUCAAUCACAACUUUUUCAAUGUUGAAUUUGAAUUUGAAUUUGAAUUGAAUUCAAAGCUGAAUUUCCUCUCAUGAGGUGAGUCCAAGAAAUUUGACUUAUGAAUUGACUUUGUUGAACAUUAAUCACGGACACUUGGGGUGGGAGUCAUUAGAGGCCUGUCAGUUUGACCUUACCAUACAUUGACGUUGAUUUCAAAGUUCUUCACAUGCAACAAUUUAAGUUUUAUUAAGUUUCUUACCUUGUUGGAUAUUUUCAGACAUUGUUUUACCUCUUUCAAAAGUUGUGUAACAGUCCUGCUACUGAAAACAUCUCAUUUUGUGAUCUGGCUGCUUCACAAUAAAAGUGUAUUGUGACCUGUAACCUGAACUAAUCAACUAAAAAACAAACUGGGGUUUAGAUGAAAAACUAUAAUAACGGGGUUGUAUAAAUACGUACACCCUUAAACUAAUACUUUUGUUGAAGCACUUCUUGAUUUUAUCACAGCACUCAGCUUUUCUUGGAUAGGAGUCUGUCAGCAUGGCACAUCUUGACUUGGCAAUAUUUGCCCUCUCUUCAUUGCAAAAUGCUCCAAACCUGUCAGACUGUGAAGAUUGUCCUCUGUGCACAGCCCUCUUCAGAUCACCACCCAGAUUUUCAGUUGGCUUCAGGUCUGGGCUCUGGCUCGUCCAAUCUAGAACUUAUAUCUUUGGGUUGUGGUGGUGCUGAAAGGUUUAGUUCCUCUUCAUCUGAAGCUUUUGGGGCUUUAAGCAGCUCCUUCAGCAGCAGACUUAGACUUCCACCUUGCAGGACGGAGCGCUACCGCAGGUCAUUCCUCCCCUCUGCAAUAAGAUUUUACAACAAACUGUAAUAAUAACUGGAUUUACACCACCACUUUUUUCUGGCAUUUAAAUUGUGUAUAUUGUAGAUAGUUUUAUUUUUCUUCUCCCUUUUUCCUUUUUCUUAAUUUUUUUCUUAAUUAUUACAUUUAUUUAAGUUCUUAAUAUUAGGAUCUUUAUUUUUAUAACUGCAUUUUUGCACUCUUUGUCUGUGAUGCUGCUGUGACAAAAAAAUUUCCCCCAUGGGGGAUCAAUAAAGAAAUAUUCUAUUCUAUUCUAUUCUAACACUGACUGGUAUUUGAAAGUGUUUGCUGCCCUCUGUUGUGAUUGGGCCAAACUAACCUUUUGGAGUUAUGGCCAAAAAGUGGAGUGGGGUGAUUGGCCUUCAGGAGAAACUGUCAGAGCUCAAAUGUUUUUGUUCAAAGCAAUCUAAUUAGUGAGAUAGGGGCUACUGAAUUUUUGGCUAGUUAGCAUGACAUGCGUUACAAAAGUGUUCAUAUCUCUGGAAGUAUGGCACCUAGAGAGCUGAUUCAGGUGUCAUUUCAAAGCUCUCCUCAAGUUCUAUCUUUUUGUUCAUAACAUUUUUUCCCAAAUUGGACCAGAAAAAAAUAUAUAAAAGACCAAAAAACUUACAUUGGAAAUAGCAAAAAAACGCACAUCCUUCAAUUUUCUUCAUAUUCACACUAAAGACUAUCAGUUUCAGGGUGGGCAUUCCAUAACUUUUUGAGUAAUCAGUCAAAAUGUGUGGUACGUUAGGUCGAAAAUCGCUGUAUUUGGCACAUUAUACAGUCCUGACCUCAUCUGGAGUCAGCCCCACUUGCCUGCUUGUGUAAAAUAUUACUUCCUCAUAGUGCAAAAUGCUUUUUUUGAGGGUUUUCAUUUGUAUGUUAUCCCAUAUUUAUAUGAAAAAUGGCUAGAAUAGCUUAUUUUUGCUCAGUUUUCCAUCGCAUUUCAUUUCUAUUUGCACCUAUAUCCAGAAUAUGAAUGAUCUUAGCUUCAUGGGAGAAUCAUUUGGACAUACCUGCAUGUCCUGGAUCCUAGGGUUGACAAAUAACUUCUACCUAUGCACCCUGAAAUUUUGUUGCUGGUUUCCCUGAGAAGUAUUUCAGGCUUUUAAUCCUGAGCCCUUUCAAUGUUUCCUUGAUAUUUCAAAAGUUCUUUUAGCAUACUUUUGAAGUACUUUUGUUAAUAAUUUUAUUAAAAUAAUUUCUCUUGAGUAUGGUAUCAUCCAAUACUUGCUCGCGGGAAUCCAGAUUUUAUGAUUCACUCUUGGUCAAUUUCCUUGAUACAGGAAGUAUAAAGGAAACGUUCAAAGGAUAAACAGCCUGGACCUAACGUACCACACAUUUUGACUGAUUACUCAAAAAGUUAUGGAAGGCCCAUCCUGAAACUUCCAGGGAUGCUAGUGGACAUAGUAGUAGUCUUUCUUUAGUGUGAAUAUGAAGAAAAUUGAAGGACGCACGUUUUUUGCUAUUUCCAAUUUAAGUUUUUGGUCUUUUAUAAUUUUUUUCUGGUCCAAUUUGGGGAAAAAAGAUAGAACUUGAAGAGAGGAUUCUGGAUAUAGGUGCAAAUAGAAAUGAAAUGCGAUGGAAAACUGAGCAAAAAUAAGCUAUUCUAGCCAUUUUUCAUAUAAAUAUGGGAUAACAUACAAAUGAAAACCCUCAAAAAAAGCAUUUUGCACUAUGAGGAAGUAAUAUUUUACACAAGCAGGCAAGUGGGGCUGACUCCAGAUGAGGUCAGGACUGUAUAACGUGCCAAAUACAGCGAUUUUCGACCUAACGUACCACACAUUUUGACUGAUUACUCAAAAAGUUAUGGAAUGCCCAUCCUGAAACUGAUAGUCUUUAGUGUGAAUAUGAAGAAAAUUGAAGGAUGUGUGUUUUAUUGCUAUUUCCAAUGUAAGUUUUUUGGUCUUUUAUAUAUUUUUUUCUGGUCCAAUUUGGGAAAAAAUGUUAUGAACAAAAAGAUAGAACUUGAGGAGAGCUUUGAAAUGACACCUGAAUCAGCUCUCUAGGUGCCAUACUUCCAGAGAUAUGAACACUUUUGUAACGCAUGUCAUGCUAACUAGCCAAAAAUUCAGUAGCCCCUAUCUCACUAAUUAGAUUGCUUUGAACAAAAACAUUUGAGCUCUGACAGUUUCUCCUGAAGGCCAAUCACUCCACCAAAUUUCAUCAAAAUCUGUGACGUGAGUGGAGAUUCUUGGUUGAAUUGACAUGGAAUGACCCAUAUGAAGAAUACGGGACACUGUUGUCAUGCGUAUGACACAGCCAGUACUUUCCAGAAAUCCCAGCAGCUCCUCAAAUGUUCCUGUUGGCCUCUUAGCAGCCUCCCUGACCAGUUUUCUUCUCGUCAGUUUUGGAAGGACAUCACUGUUUGGCCACAUUUCCUUUACUUGAUGAUGACUGUCUUCACUGUGGUCCCUGGUAUAUCUAAUGCCUUGGAUUUUCCUUGGACCAGUCUACUGGCUGAUACUUUUGAACACUGAGAUCACUCUGAUGCUUUGGAAGCUCUCAGUGCACUGUGGCUUUUGCUGUAAAACGAGACUAAGAAAAUAAGUUUAAUCAGAGACAAGUGUGUACUGACUCCUAUUAAACAUGAGUUUGUGUGUGAUUGGUUAAGAGGGUGUGCGUAUUUAUGCAGUCUCAUAUAUUUUUUAUUUAAACUAAUUUAAAUUACUCCGUAAAACACUGCAGUUUGUUUUUCAAUUGAGUUUUACAGAUUAAAUUAAUCACAAAAAUAAGGUUAUCUUGGUCUCAUGGUUUUGCAUCACAGAAAAAAAUUAGCAUUUUACCAGGGGAUGAAGCCUUUUUAUAUCCACUGUAUGACAUUUUUUCAAUCAUGAAAAAUUUACCCUGGUAUUAUCAUGGACACUAAGUAAUGGCACAGCCCUGUUCUUCAUAUUUUAGUUUUUAAAAUCUUUCAACACACCUCUUCAUCCUCAUCCUGUCUACAAUUCUAAGAAACAGCAGUAAGAAAAACAGAUAGCCGGCAAGUGAUAACUGUUGCCUGAUAAAGCAUUCUCAAGAUUGUUAGUCUCCCACACAUCAAAUUCUCAGAAUUGGUAACAGAGAGAGUGACCUUGUUUGCUCAACACACACACACACACACACACACACACACACACACACACACACACACACACACUACAGGCCAAAAGUUUGGAAGCAAGAUCAGAUUUGUACAAAAAAAGGUCAUAGUUUCAUAUAUAUAAUUUGCAACACAAUAAACAUGACUAUUGUGUGAAGACAUUUUGACUAUAAAUAUUAGGUAUUUGAGUUAUUGUUGCUUAGACUUUGCUUUCUUUAAAGUAACCUCCUCUGGCUUUAACAGUUUUUUAAGGUAAGUUCCAGGGAUUGCAUUCCAAGCUUUCUUAAGUUUAUUAAAAAGAGACUGCUGAUUUGUGGGACUUAUAUAUAUAUAUAUAUUAAUAUUUAUAUAUAUUUAUAUGUAGAAAGAAAAAUAGCAAAACGCCUAAAGGUGUUUAACAAAGGAGUCCACUUCACUCUGAAGAGACUACAGGAACCUGGAAGUUAUGAUAAUAGAAAAAGACCUGGAUGAAAGAGAGUUCCUUCAAAAGCAGAGGAUAAACAUAGCAUUGUCACCAGUAAGAGAGAUCGGCAAAAGACAGCACCAAAAAUAAGGGAGGAAAUCAACAUGACAAGGUCGAAACCCAUAGCUCUGACAACUGUGAAAAGACGUUUGAGAAAGGCUGGUCUGGUAGUUCUAUGGUAUGGGGAUGUUUUGCAGGUGAUGGAGUAGGAGCUUUGUUUGAAGUAAAGGAUAUCAUGAAGAAGGAACAGUAUCACUCCAUCAUCCAGCACCAUGCUGUUCCAUCUGGACCAAGACUUGUGGCUCAUAAGUUUGUUUUGCAGCAAGACAAUGACCCUAAACACUCUGCCAAGCUCUGUCAGGGUUACCUAGACAAAAAAGAAGAGGAAGGUGAUCUUCAAAAGAUGGGUUGGCCCCCUCAGUCUCCAGACCUUUCUCAAUUGAGCUUGUGUGGGAUGAAUUGGAUCGAUCGGUCAGAAAAAUGCGUCCCACGAAUCAGCAGUCUCUUUUUAAUGAACUUAAGAAAGCUUGGAAUGCAAUCACUGGAACAUACCUUAAAAAACUUGUGGAACGAAUGCGUGGUACACUCUUGAUCAAAAUCUUAAGACCAGGUAAAAAACUGCAAGAAUUUAUAUUUAGCACUGUUGGACCUUAAGACAGUUCUUAGAAGAGCUUCAAAAUGCAAAAAGAAGAAAUGGGAACAAGAGACCAAAAGUUUUGAGCAGGUAAUUUAUUGAAAACAACAAUUUAACUGAAAUAGGCUGUUCAUCAGCUGAUCAAAAGUUUAAGACCACAGCCUUUAGAAGCCCAAAUCUGUGCGAAAAUUUGGAUUCCAUGUCAUUUCUUGUCAAGGGGUCACACUGUCAACAUCUCUUGAUGGCAAAGGCAAAAAAGCUCACUGCUUUUGAACGUGGUAGGAUUGUUGAGCUGCAUAAAAAAGGCCUCUCACAACGUGCCAUCGCUGCUGAGGUUGGACACAGUAAGACCGUUAUUUUUCAUUUCUUUAAAGAUCCGAAGGGUUAUGGAACAAAAAAAUCAAGUGGUAGACCCCAAAAAAUCUCACCAGCGCUGAGCCGGAGGAUCCGAAUGUGUGUCCAUCAAGACGCGGGACGAUCCUCAUCCCAAAUUAAGGCCAUUACAGGUGCUGACUGCAGCCCAAUAACAAUCAGACGACAUCUGCGAAGGAAGGGCUUCAAAAACAAAAAACGUCUUCAAAGGCCACGUCUCCUUCAACCAGUGUUGUUUUUGGCAGGCAUUUUAGAUUUAGUUUUAGUCUUAGUCAUUUUGACGAAAUGCUUCUUCGUUUUAGUCCCAUUUUAGUCAUUUCUAUCCUUGAUAGUUUUCGUCUAGUUUUAGUCCGACGAAAGCUCAAACGGUUUUAGUCUAGUUUUAGUCGACAAAAAGGUGCCUUUUGAGGUUCGUGGUGUUCUUUCCCGACAGUUUGAAGCCGCAGCAUGAGGAAGCUGUGGCUCCACAACUGUCGUCUGUCUCGUCUCCCCGUACAAGACAUUGUGUUUUAUUGUCACUUGGACUGUAUCUGGACCAUAAAGCAUCCCUCUUUUUUCGGCCACCGGGCACCGCUGCUGUGCCUGCCGCCACGGUGUGUGUGUGCGCGCCUCGUCCACCUACCGCACUGUGUAUGUGUAUGAGUGUGUGCGCGCAGCUGUGCGCGAGCGAGGCUUUUGGUGCGUGUGUGAUGGGGGCGUGACUGUUAGGACAAAAAAAAGCAUGUUUUGAAACUUUGUUCGUCCACCUAAUAACAAUUUGGUCUCGUCUCGUUCUCGUCUGACGAAAAUGAAUACAAUUUUCGUCACAUUUUAGUCUUUACAGAGCUUUGGUGACGUUCGUCUUAGUCUCAUUUUCGUCAAGGAAAAAAGGGGUCUGACGUCGUCAUUUAAGUUUUCGUCCUGCCUGACGAAAACAACACUGCCUUCAACGCCACAAAAUUGCCCGUUUGGGCUUUGCAAGGGAGCACCAAACAUGGGACCUUCAAAGGUGGAAGAAAGUUUUAUUCUCUGAUGAGAAAAAAUUUUACCUCGAUGGUCCUGAUGGCUUCCAACGCUACUGGCAUGACAAGGAGAUGCCACCUGAGAUGUUUUCUACGUGGCACAAUGGAGGGGGCACCAUCAUGAUCUGGGGUGCUUUCUCCUUUAAUGGAACAGUGGAGCUCCAGGUUGUGCAGGGGCGUCAAACAGCAGCUGGCUAUGUGGAGAUGUUGCAGCGGGCAUUCCUCAUGACUGAGGGCCCUCUUCUGUGUGGCAAUGACUGGGUAUUUCAGCAGGACAACGCUACAAUUCACAAGGCCCGUCUGACCAAGAACUUUCUCCAAGAGUAUAGCAUCACUCUUUUUGACCAUCCUGCAUGUUCCCCUGAUCUAAAUCCAAUUGAGAACAUUUGGGUAUGGAUGGCAAGGGAGGUUUAUAAAAAUGGACAUCAGUUCCAGACAGUGGAUGCCCUCCGUGAAGCCAUCUUUACCACUUGGAGCAACGUUCCCACUAGCCUUUUGGAAACACUUGUAUCAAGCAUGCCAAAACGAAUUUUUGAAGUAAUCAACAAUAACGGUGGAGCUACUCAUUACUGGGUCAGUUUUUGUUUUUGGAGGUGUUUAGGUUUUUUUGAGCUGUGGUCUUAAACUUUUGAUCAGCUGAUGAACAGCUGAUUUCAGUUAAAUUGUUGUUUUCGAUAAAUUACCAGCUCGAAACUUUUGGUCUCUUGUUCCCAUUUCUUCUUUUUGCAUUUUGAAGCUCUACGAAGAACCGUCUUAAGAUCCAACAGUGCUAAAUAUAAAUUCUUGCAGUUUUUUAACUGGUCUUAAGAUUUUGAUCAAGAGUGUAUAUGCCGAGCUGUUGUUAAAGCCAGAGGAGGUUACUUUAAAGAAAGCAAAGUCUAAGCAACAAUAAUUAAAAUACCUAAUAAUUAUAGUCAAAAUGUCUUCUGAUAAGUUACUCUUUACACAGUAGUUAUGUUUAUUGUGUUGCAAAUUAUAUAUCUUUUUUUUUUAUGAUCUUUUUUUAUACAAAUCUGAUCUUGCUUCGAAAACUUUUGGCCUGUAGUGUAUAUAUAUAUAUAUUUAUAUAUGGGUCAAUGACGUAUAAGGUUAAAAGAAUAUCUUUUGCAACAGUUCAAACACUAAGGAUGUUAUGUAUACAAAAACUAAAGUUUAAUUUUUAAAUUAGGCAAUUUUAGUGUUAUUUCAUAUAGAUGAAUUGCCCGUGGCCUUAAAAAAUGUCAUGUGGUGCGACCAUCAUUUAUCUCAAAAUUAUUACAUUUUUUUCAACAUACUCCAUAGUUUUUUACAAAUUGUCAGUAAUAUCAAGUACAUAGGAAAAAAGCAUUUGCAUUUUAUUUGAGUUUUUGUAAAUAAUUAUCUCAUAUAUUAGCUCUAUAAUUUCACAGUCGCUAUAUCAAAUGUAGUUCACUGACUAUUUUUUUCUUUAAAUUGCAUAAUACUGAUAAAAAUGUUUUGAAACUACCUUUCAUGUAAGCAUAUUGUAUCAGGUUUUAAUGUCUCAGUUACAGAAAUUAGAUAUUUUAUUUUGUAUUUCAUAUAAUUAAUGUUAUCAGUGGCGGUUCUAGACCAAAUUACUCCCCGGGCAAGCACCCCUCCAAGUGCCGCCCCCCCCCCACACACACACACACACACACACACACACACACACAAACACAAAAAGAGAUAGAAUUUUGAACAGAUAGUUUUGUAUUACUAUGUAGUAUUAUUAUUAUUAUAACAACAAAAAAAAAAAAUUUCUCAAUUGCAGCAAUCCUUCAAUAGAAAAAAACACAAUCCUGAGGUUUACAAAAAAACUGCUAUCUCGGCCUCUGUAGUAGAUAGAAACAAAAUUCAAAAAGUAUUUGAGAGCUCAAACAUGUGGCUUUCAAGAAAGCUCUCUUUUAGUUUUGCAAACCUUCAUCACAUUUUUGAAAACCUUGAACAAACAAACUCAAAUGAAAUAAAGCGGCUGUAUAAAUAAAAGUAAAGGCUCUGCACUGGAGAAUGACAAAUAAUUUGCUUUCUGUAAAACAAGUGGCAGUCAUGAUAAAGUGUCCAUUCAAUACAAAUGUAAAUAUAGAAAAUAAGGUGUUGAAAGGGUAUACAGCUGCCCCAGUAUAGUGCCAGUACAAAAGCAGCUCUAAAAACUUAAAAAUGAAUAAAUAAAAACGUGGCUGACAGUGUGUUCAUCUCUGUUCUCACCCAAAGUCAUGCAACACUCACAGAAAACACUGAUAGUGUGAGCCACAGCACUCCAUAUGAAGAGGUUGUUCACACUGCUGGAUGUUUCUCCUCUGAAGCUGCUCUCUGCCUCUGUCAUUGUUUACUUCACUCAUGAAGCUCAUCAAGCACGUAGCAAGAUCCGAGCAUGAACCCGAGCGCUUUACUCGCCUAUCAGAGGCAGCCGGGUACAGUGAUUUCAUUCACCGCGACUCCAGAAAUGAUUAAAAAACUACAAAAUGACGUAUCUGCACUCCCGCUGAUAUGCUGACAUGCGUACAUAGAGCAGAGCUUUCCCCCCGCGACUCUCUCCCCGCCUCGUCUCAUACAGUCUGUCAUCCUCUGUGCAGCACCUUCGGAGCAAGCAGGGGCGCCUACAGCAGUGGGGGGGCGCCAAUUUGACAACAAGAGUUAAUACAAAACCGCUUUGCGGUUAAGAUUUAUUAUUAUUAUCUUUUAUUUUAUUUUUUUGGAAGUGCUCGUGCCGCACCCCAUGAGUCAUGACACAAAUGCCGCCCCGGGCGGCUGCCCUGUUCGCCCGUGCCUAAAACCGCUACUGAAUGUUAUUAUUGGUCGCACCACAUGAUUGGUGGUCGCACCAAAUGACUUGAAGACCUUGUAUCAUUAAAAAUCAGUUUAAAGAGACCUAUGAACAAUUAAUUUCAUGCAAAUUUUAUAUUAAAACCAAAUUUUAUUAACAUUUCAAACAUGAACACGAACAUUUUAUUUCCCUUUUUUACAAAAAUUUAACUCUGUGUGUGUGUGUGUGUGUGUGUGUAUGUGGUCCAGAGGCCUGUACUACGAAGCUGGAUUAACACACCCAGGAUAACUCUGCCACAACUCGCUAAACUUCACCAGAUCUCCGUAAACACGAUCAGCUGUACUACAAGGCGGGAUAUCAACUCGCUAACUAAAUUCAGUUGUGGUCAGUCUAGAUCUGUGCGCGCACACGUAAAGGGGGUGGGGUCAGUGCCACCGGACCAAUCUCCACAAUGGAGAAGGCUGCACGUCAUAUAUCACAGCCGAGGAACAGAGCAUUAUUUUACGUUAAUAAGAGGAGUACCGCAACAUUAUAUCAGUGAGGAGCAGGACAGCUGCAGCCGCUGAAAGCCGGAGGGACUGCUGGCAACAAAAAUCAUCGAUUGUGUAAAUUACAUUUGUGCGUUCAUAAAUUUAUGGCCCCCUUAUAUGUUGUCAUGCAGCGUGUGUGAUCACCUCCAUCAUUGACCUCAUCAUUUCAGAUACAACAGCAGUGGGGAAAAGAGUACGUGGGAGCAAAUAAAAAUAAAUCUAAAAACAUCCGUCAAAGUGGUUAGCUGGUUUACUGGAAGAUUUUAUUUGUACAUAUUUCAACGCGUAAACAGUGAUUUCCUCACACUGCCUUUUUUUCUUUUUUCUCCAUCAUCUGAUGGUCUCAUGUCAUCUGCAGACACAUUUGGGGUUAAGAGGAGUUUUCUAAUCUGCUUCCAUAAAUUCUGAAUGAUGAUUGAUAUGCCGCAUGAAACUUGAACUUGGCAAAUAUUAGUGUAUUGCUUCGACUUCAUGUUACCUGACUAUUGAGGCCGUCUGAGGAAAACCUGUAACGUUCAUAGAGAACUUCAUCGGGUAAAUCAAACGGAUUUGAACGAUCAUGAAUAUAACGCUCUCGGCGAAGCGCUCCUCUCACCAGCCGCGCAGCGAUGUCAACAAUCUUGGCCCAAUCUUUGACCAGCCCUGGCAUGAACAACAUGCUGCAGGGUCAGAGUUGACACGCUGCCUAUAGCGAGCGCUUUUAACUUUGCUCGGCAGUGGCAUCUGGUAAAAUAAAUUAAAAUGACUUAAAUUGAUACAUGAAAGUUAAUACAUUGCUAACAACGGCAUAAAUACCUUAAGUGAAAUGGCAUGCUUUCAAUAUUUUUUUUCUUAUUUUGUACAGAGAUGACCUAACCAUUAUUUCAGAAAUGUUAGCAAAAUGACUCACCAAAUAACAAAAAAUAUUCAAAAUAAUACUAAAAAUUAAGUACUUAGUGUUUAUCCUUUAUCAAUUGAAUAUAAAAAGCAUAAAUACUGCCAAUCGAGGGCAUAUAUUUAUGAUGGAAAACAAUCUGCUGUGGUCGCACCACAUGAUAAUUGGUCGCACCGCAUGACAUUUCAAAUUUAGUCGAAUCUUACUGAUACAGGAUAUGUCACAUAAACAAACCUCACUAGCUUCCCACAAAAGGUCAUUAUGAAAUUUAUAAUUAAAAUACUUAUUUGUGGAAAUAACUUAAAUUAAUUGUUUUUUUUUGAGGUCAUACCACAUGACAUCGAAAAGUGCAAACACCAUUUCAGCAGUUGAAAAGGUCUUUUUUUUUUUAAAGAAAUGAGAGAACCACCAACCCUCUUUCUGCUUCCAUAGCUCUACGACAAAAUGGUGAAUUAUCCAACAUCCUGUCCUUGAGUAAAUUUUAGCAUAAAAGUGUCAAAAAUUGUCAUUUUUUGAUGGUCGCACCACAUGAUAUUUAAUGAAAUGGACACAAGCGGACAAAAUUCGUUUGAAUAUUAUGAAAAUAAUAUAACUGCAAAAGCUUUGCAAUUUUGUACAGGAAUAAAAAACACUUUCAAAAUUAUGCCGAAUAUUGCAGAAACUAAAUUGUAAUAGAUUUAGAGUAAUUUCAAAGAAGUUUUCAAAACAGAAGUCAUGGCCGGACGGUCGCAUCACAUGAUAUUUUGACACUUUGAAGUUCCGAAAAAUUACAAAAAACUCCUGAUUUUUGAAAAGUUGAAGUGGCUCCAUAUAUUAGAGAGAUACUACACAUAGAUAGUAUAUUUUUUUACAUUUAAAACUCUUUGUAACAUAAAGAAAAUACAGCCGGACAGAAUAUUGAGGCGUCACGUCAUUGACCCAUAUAUAUGUGUGUAUGUAUAUGUAUGUAUAUCCAUAUGUAUGUAUAUCUAUGUAUAUCUAUAUAUAUAUAUGUAUCUAUGAAUAUGUAUGUAUAUAUGUAUAUAUUAAGUAUAUAUGUAUAUGUAUGUAUAUAUGUAUGUAUAUAUAUGUAUGUAUGUAUGUAUAUAUGUAUAUGUAUAUAUAUGUAUAGAUGUAUAUGUAUGUAUAUAUAUGUAAAUAUAUGUAUAUAUGUGUAUAUAUAUGUAUAUAUAUAUAUAUAUUUAUUUAUUUAUUUAUUUAUUCAGUGUUUAAGACUACAAAUACACUGAUCACCAACAUCAAGAAAAUAUGCGUUUGGUAGAUGAUUUCUUGUAACAAUGUUUCUUGGCUGUAAAUCUUAAACUUUUGGAAAGCCUGUUUAUGUCUCUUUUUAAUGGUGUCCUAUUUGUGAGGAACAGACAUUUGUGGGAUGACCAGCAGAGCUGAGUGUGCGGGUUGUGCCCCUGAAAGGUUUUGGUACCCCUUUAUGCUGUCUAUAAGUUGCCUGUUUGGGUAACUUCAAGCUUGUGCUUCUUAAAACCAAGUUGCUGCAUUGUUUUGUAUUUCAUUGUUUCUCAUAGCAUGAAAUGGCAGAGGGAGGUAACCAGGCCAUUCGGAUAAAACGCUUUACUGAAAGCGUAUUCUUUCCCACUCGGAAAUUGGGUGGUGUUGGGGCAAACAAAGGAAAGGUAAGAAGGACAUUAUUUAUACCUUUUUAAGUUAAACCUGACAGAAAUAAGGAGCUUACUUUUCUGUCUUUUUACGAAUUCUUUUCAUGAGUCCCCUUUGACUGAAACAUGGGUUGUGUUAAAAGAUGAUUUGAGUGGACCACAUUACUUUUUCAUAAAACGAAAUUUUUAUUUAAAGUUUUUCUUUCUUUUUUUUUUGUUCAGUGCAUGUAGAAAUAAUCAGCUGACAUAACUAACCUGCUAUAAAGAUAUUUAGUUAUGGCAAUGAUGUCGCGUUAGAGUUAACUUAAUUUUCUCCCUUGUAUCAAAGAAAAUGUAAAAGCCAACUUUUGGCUUCCGCAUGCUAACUAACCAACUAAAUCCUUAGUUGUUGACUGUUGGUCUUUGACUCUGUUCAAAUAUACACCUUGUGAUAUCAAGGCUUACGCUUUGUUAUGGGAAUCAAGAUAUGGGGGAAUAAGGCUGUAAUGCUUCCUGAAAAUGUUAUUGGCCUGGCUGUAUUUAUUUCAGGGGUGACAGUUUGACUUCUUAUUUACUCAUAUUCUUUGAUUAUAGAUCAUUGCAGUCAUGGCAGGUUCUGCAUGAUACUUUUUGUUUGUCUGUCAUGCUUCUUUUCUCUCAUUGCUUGAUGUGGGAAGUCCCUAAUGCUCCUACAGGAGAGAUUUAAAAGCCACUAGAGCAUCAACAAUUUCUAAAUCUGUCCUGCCUUGGUAGCAGUGCUGGUGGCCACCUGUUGAACCAUUACAGCUACACAAUGAUAUCUCUGGAUAAUGAGAUGUUAAUGAUACAGUUACACCCCUUUAAAUUUUACAGAGCUCACCAAAAAAAAAGAAUCAACCCCAUUUUAAGGUUUCUUGUUGGGCAGCGUAAUUGCUUCUACUGUUUUUAUAUGGUUGUCUCUAUUGGUAGAUGACCAUCAAGCUGGGAAAAGCUUCAGAGGAAACCGAGUGAGUAUUGAAUAAAUUAUCAUAAUUGAUUUCAAAACACAGUCCAGUGUGUCUGAUUGAUUUCUGACUUUUCAGGAAGUCCAAACCAGAGGCAGACAAGAUGAAGGCAGUGGUGAAAAACCUUCGAAAUCAGGACAGUAAGGGUAGUACCAGCAAAAGGGAUGGUUCUACGCGGCACAGACAUGGUCGAAGCAGGAGCAGAAGCCGGAGCAGGAGUCACAGUAGGAGCAUGGCAAGGAGUAAAAGUAGAAGUUGUAGCAGGAGUCCACCCAGAGAUCAGUUUGGUCGUAUCAUCAAAAGGAGAUGCAGCACCAGCAUUGACCGUGGCCGUAAAAGCAGCAGACACAGGCGAAGCAGAAGCAGAGACAGGCACAGAAGCCAAUCCAAGAGCAGCAGCAGGAGUCGCAGCCACAGCAAAAGCUCCAGCAGGAGCCGCAGUCGAAGCAGGGACAGGUCUAGAGAGAGAGGCAGGGACAGAUCCAGAGAGAGAAGCAGGGACAGGUCCAGCAAGAAGAAGAGCAGAUUCAGCAGAGAGCGUGAGCAAAGUUACAAGAGAAGGAGAGAGCUGAGCCCUCCUCCCAGACGUGUUGGUGUAAUGGACGAUGAGCUGGCAAGGAAGAAGAGGGAGCUGGAGGAGCUCAACGAGAUGAUAGCCUACAAAAAGGCACUUGUCGACCCAAGAGGACUGGACCCUGGACAGAGGACCUGCAUUGACUACGACCAUGGAAGGAUUUCUGUUCCUCUGACUGAGUACAAACCAGUUCGAUCCAUCCUGAAGAAAAGGCCAGAUGGACCGGAGUUUCUUCGUCACCCUCCACAUCCAUAUGAUGAUCCCUAUUAUGACAGGUCAUACAGUCCUUACCGUUAUGGUGACCGCUAUGGUGAUCUGUAUGCCAGCCAUCCUUACCCUGAUAGGCCUUACAGUGACCGACCAUAUGCAGAUCGGCCCUAUGAAACUCGUGUCUAUGCUGAUGCUCCAUAUGGUGGCCCUCCAUCUUCAAGCACACGCUACACGGAUCGCUACGAUGUUUAUGAUGAACCCUAUGAUGAUCGUUACCAUGAUCCAGCAUAUACGGACCAGCGUCCAGGUGACCCAUAUCAACCAGUAAAGCAAAGCCUUUCUCCUGAACCUAAUGGUUCCUCAGCUUCUCAGGUUGAGAGAGGCCCUGCAGCCACCAGCCAAUCUGCCACGUCAUCUUCCGGGCCUCCUUUUAGACCUCCUUCUCCCACAGAGCCGCCACCAAGGAGCCCAUCUCCCAAACAAAAGAAUACAACAACUUGCCAGUCAUCUCCACCUGAGAAACCACCCCUCGAUCGCUUCCUUGACAUGCUUAAUAAAAAAGUGGAUGCAGAAAAGAAAUCAGAAUCAGUCUAUGUUAAUGAUGACCUUUUGCCACAUGAACGAGCACUUCAAGAUGGAAGAGGUUUUUCACGUAUUGUGGGAUUGGUGCAACAGCAGCCCACUAGGAGUCUACCUCUGGAAGAAGAAAUGAACCAACCGAAGCCCACACAGUCUUCAGUUGAGAGGACGUGUGAGGAACCACAGAGUAAGGCAGAACCAUAUGAUAAAAUCCAGAGUCUACUGCGUACAAUUGGCCUGCAGCUGAGUACAGGAGAUAUGUCUAAACUGGCUAUUCGAGCACAAGAGAAAAUCUUCAGCCCAAAAUCUUCAUCCACAGAGCGAGAGACUUUUUCCUCUUCUGGAGAAGAUCCCCACAAAGGCAGAAUUGGUUCUGUUGAAUCACAACACAUCCAUUCCCCCUCUCCUGCGAGGUCCUCCAGUUUAGAGCCGCUCAGCAAACAUAAAGUCUUGUCAGAGUAUGAAGGGUUUCUGGACAAGCAGGAGUUGGGAGCAUUAAAAAAGGCACAACAAAUGCUGAGUCUUACCAAGACACUGGGAAGCACAUCCUCUGACAGUACUGCAGGGCAGCCCCCACCAGCCAACUGGCCCCCUGGAGUCACAACCCAGAAUCCUCCAGGGCAGAGUGCUCCGGUCCUGAACACGGGCACUCGAGCUCCCUCAGCUGUGGAUCAGACACUCCAGAGGAUUGGAGUGCCUGUAGGACCUCCACCUGGACCUCCUCCUGGGCCACCUCCACGACGUCCUGUACAGGUUCCUCCAGGACCACCUCAUGGGCCUCCUCCACGGCGCCCUGGACAGCCUCCAGGUCCUCCUACUGGACCGCCACCCCAGCACUCUACUGGAUUACCUCCUUUCUCAACACCCUCAAGUCAUACUAUCUCUCCUUUCAUUGGCCCGUCUUCAGCUACUCCACCCCUUACUUCAUCCAAUACAAUGACUACAGCGAUAGCAACACCACUAUCAUUAGCACCAGUUACAUCCAGUUCUGUAAAUGACACGUCACCAAUCUCUACAACUGUAGCCAGAUGCCUGAAGGUCAUUGAGACAGUGAAAUCUCUGGCUGGACAACCCUCCGCCAAACCAGUUAAAUCAGUCCAGUUCAGCUUACCCACAGAGUCCCUAUCAGUCUCCAGCCUUCAGACGUCUGAAGAUGAUGACAUUAAGACCAAGCAGAAGGAGAAGGUACGACGAGCAGUAGUUUUCCUAAGAAGUACUGGCAGAUGCAAUAAAGGAUAAAAAAGAGGGAGCUAAUUGUUAAGAGAAAAAAUAAUUUACUGCAACAAGAAGGGGAAAUUGAAAUUCAGAUAAUCUGAGGCAUGUUUACCAUGGUAAUACAGUCAAACAAUACCAAACAAUGCAGAAUGAUUGAAGACAUAAUUAAAGGCCUCAAUAUUUCACAGAACAAAGCCCUAAUAAGGUCAGUAUUUGUUUGUUACAGCUGGAUUUGUACAACCAAAGGCUUCUUGAAAAGAGGGAACAGCAGUACCAGGAGAUGAUGGCCCGCAGGAAACAAGGAGAGAAAAACAAGGAUGGCACACUGACCUCCCUAGGUAUAAAACUCAUUGAAUAACAUACAUUAUUUGUAACCAGUAACCUUUGAAUUGCAGAGAUGUGUUCAGCAUUCAGUAAGGUUAUCUUCUUGACAUGGUAGUUCAACAGAAACAAAUGAAAUUCAUGUUAUCCUUAAAGUUAAAUGCCGGUCUAAAACUAUUAAGUAGACUGAAGAUUUCUUUCUUCUGCACAGUUAGCCAGGCUUUUGCGAGACAGAGAUAUUAACAGCUACAUCCGGAGAUGAAGUAGAAUGUUGGAGAUAUGUAGAUGAGAGAAUGUCAAAGACCACCUGAUUCAUCAUCGCUAUUUUAUUUCAAUUUAGUGUGAAAUUCUUCGCUUAAGACAUGCUUUUAUUUCCCUUUUUUGUAUCUGAAAGUGAUCUGCAGUCUAUACACCAGUGUGAUCAAAGUACCACAUAGAAUAUACAGUCAUUUCAUACUGUUAGGGUAUUUUACCCGGACGUUGGUGCUUUACCACCUUCAUCAUGGAUGUGUGUGCAGCACAUUUGCUACCACCUCCUCCAUGCAACCUGACGCAAUUUGAUGAAGAUGAAGAUCCACCUUCAUCUAUUGUGAACUUCAAGCCGUUGCUGCGAUGCGUGGAACAUGCGGUGGGACAUAGUAAUGCGGACCAGGCUAGCAGUUCCACUUCCUCAUCAGGUUAUGAUCAUGCUUUAAAAAAAAAACAGUGUUAUGCCUUUAAGUAACCUUGUGAGACAACACGUGACCAGCAGAGGUGAGUGAAAUGACUCCAGCUGAAUUGGUUGGCAUCUCACGGUUAUUAAACUUAUUCUACAAUCCUAAAUUUAAGCAAAACUAGCGUACUCGCCGUUUCGUGGAUUGCAAUCUCACUCAGUGAACACAUAUUGCAUUGCACCACAUUUUUCUAGCUCCUUUGUGCUCUCCUAGUGGCACAAACAGGGUUGCUUUGGUAAGGAGCUCCAGUCAGCUACCCUGAAACCUCAAAGUCUUUAUACAGCUUCCACAAGAACCCCUAGCUGUCCAACUGUCUUUGUGGUUACAUAGACAGUCUAAAAGCUUGGUUGCUGUACAAAGAUCAGUCAUAUUUUUACUGCACAUUUUACUGCACAAGUUAGCAGAGCCAAGAGGUUCAUCCCAGCAACCAAGUAAAGAAGCCAACUCAAAUUUCUGCUCUGCAAAGUCGCAUCUCUUUCUUCUUUUUAUGGAAACCCUGAAUUUCAGUAUUAUUAGCAACACUGUACAGUUUUUGUAAGUCAGUAGAUAGCUAGAUAUUAAUUUACUGUGAUCCAUUUCAGGCUAGAUACUUUUGCUGGAUCUGGCUGUACCAUUUCCGUUCCAUAAAUAAAGUUAAAGUUGGAAUGGCUAUCUUUUAAUUACAUUUUUUAACUUUGUUUUGUUUAAUAUAUAUACAUAUAUAAAUGCAUAUAUAUGUAUAUAUAAAAACGUUAAAAUGGAAAGCCAAAACAAAAUAAUAAUUAAAACUAAGGUAGAUCUCUGUGGUUAAGAUAGGUUGCACAAGUAUGUUGCAGUUUAGUUGUGCUACUCACUUCAUCUGUACAUUGGGUGGACGCUCUCUCAUGUCUACUUUCUGCAUAUUUGACAGCACAAAGACAAAAUGUUAACAUGUUUGAAAAUUUGAUUUAUUGCGCUUUUUCAACUGAAUUUCUUAAAUACAGUCCUGGAAAAAAUUGUUAGACCAUCCAUGUUUUCUUCAAUGUCUUGUUGAUUUUAAUGCCUGGCACAAUUUCAUGUGCAUUUGUGUGGACAAAUAUAAUGAUAACAAUAAAAUAGCUCAUACGAGUUUAAUUUAAGAGCUGAUAUCAAGCCAUUUUCCAUGGUUUUCUUGAUAAUAACCAAAAUCACUUGAGUUCUUGCAUCAAUAGCUAUGGCAUUGUUCUGCCAAAAACAAAGCUUUUAGGCAGUCCAUGUUUUUUCCUGUCUGUUGGUCACAUGAUACACACAGGAGUUAGUACUUGACUGGAUAACCAUUGUUUUUGAUGACUGCAGCCAUGUGUCUUGGCAUGCCCUCCACAAACUUCUUACAUUGUUCUGCUGUCACAGCAGCCCAUUGCUGUUGCAAAAUUUCAACCAAAUCUGCUUUGUUUUUGGGCUUGUGGUUCUCCAUUCUGAGUUUGAUGAUGUUCCACAAGUUUCCAUUUUGAUUUAGAUCUGGUGAUUGAGCAGGCCAAGGUAUUGUUCAAAUGUUUUGGUUCUCCAUCCAGGCUUUAAUUGACCUUGCUGUGUGGCAAGGGGCAUUGUCUUGUUGGAAAAUCCAGUCAUUCGAGCCAGGAAAGAGUUUAUCAGCUGAUGGAAGAAGACUGUUUUCAAGAGUAGCCCUGUACAUGACCUGGUUCAUUCACCCUUCACACAACUGCAUUUGCCCUGUUCCACCCAUACUGAAACAACCCUGAAUCAUCUACGAUCCACCCCCAUAUUUUACUGUUGGGGCAAGACAGUCUGGUUUGUAGGCUUCUCCAGGCCUCCUCUUAACCAGUAAGUUGGCUGGAGUGGGCAUCAACGCAAAAUUGGAUUCAUCACCAUGUUUGGCUUGCUUUUUCUUAGUGUAAUGAACAGCUGUCUUGGAGAUCUUCAGUUUUUUGGCUACCUGUCUCACACUCAUGCCAAUUUCAAGCAUUGCCAAGAUGGCUGCCUUUGUGGCUUCACUCAGUUCUUUUGUCUUAGGCAUUAUGCUAGAGCUGACAACUUUUGAGUUGUGCUAUGGCAUGAAUGUAAGUGGUAAACAGCUCUAGGCCUUUGCAUGUGCAGUGCUGCUUAUGACAUGAAAUGGCCUUUUAUAUAUAGUGCAGCAGAUAGCCAGAACGAUCGUGCAUUUUGUGAUAAAAGCAUGAAAUUUGUUACACUUAUAGCCAAAGGCAUUCCCAAAAGAUUUGGAUGUGGAGGCAUCAUGAGUUUUCAACAUGGUGGUCAUGGCAGCCAUUUUUCAAAAUGGCCGCCAGCAAUAACUGUUUUCUUAUGAAAGAUGGAUAUAAUAUGGCAUUUCAGACUUAUUUGCCAUACAUAGUACUUGGUAAAUGUCUGUAAGAUCAUUUAAAGUUACUAUUUUAUAUUCAGGAUGGCUGAAAUUUUUCAAGAUGGUGAUCUCUGUGUCAAACCAGUAAUUCCUUUGGUGCAGAAUUCAAAUUUGGAACUUUGCAAUUGGUCAGAAGCUUCCUUCUACCUCACAACUGGUGACCACAGUAGUCACACUAUUGGUGACCUAUGACCCCUGUUACUUUCAAGAUGGCAGCCACAUGGUUGAAAUUUCAAUUAUAUUUCCAGAAUACUAUAAUGUAUUUUGCUCGAAUAAAGUCUAAUGUGCAAAAUGAAAACAACUGAAUCAUUUAAUGAAUAGAAAUGUAAAAGAGUGGAUGUCGAAACACAACCAGGGCACACUGGUGACACCACUGCUGUGUAACUCGGCAUGGGGUUCAGUGCCAACUAACUACGCUCCUCUUAAUAAUGCCAUUUUCUGUGUUGAAUGUGCUAGUUGUGGUGAUAGUUUAAUGGUAGUGUAGUUUAGUUUCCUAAAUGCUAUCUAAUUUUAGCCUCACAUCUACUUACUUUACAUAAUUAGAUGUAGUUAGAUAGCCGCACCCGAAUGGACAGGAUGUGCCAGCGCGGGAGAGCCGAGCCAAGGGUAACGGGGCUUUGUAUGACUUUCAUAUAGUUACCCGGAUGGUGUACAGAUCGCACAGGAAUUAAAUGGUACUGGAUGACCGAUCAGGCUAGGUGACGGGUGAUCUUAUCCGAACCUAGUUGUAUCCCAUACUUGAAUGUGUUUCCCUGUAGUAAAAGGUGGUAUAUAAGGAUAACCCCUUGGCCUUUACUGCAAACAUUGUUUUUCUUGUCUUACAAAGUGUCGAAGACAUUUCAACUUGUAAAUUUUGGUGGUCAAGGACCAUCAACUUCUAGAACAGCCAAGACUGAAUGGAAGCUCUGUAUGCUAUGCCAAGAACACACGGCAGAGUCACUGAGAUGUCCUUUGCAGAACACACAAGCAGACAAGGGGAGUGGAUACACUUCACUUGCAGAGCAUUUGAUCCAGUUUAAUGAACUUGGCCAGCUCCCUUCAACUUUGGCAAUUGAAAGACUCGAUGAGGGUCAUGGUAUUGAAGCUGCCAUGGUUGCAAACAAAGCUCAAUACCAUCAUACAUGCAGGCUGAAGUACAAUGAGACCAUGUUGAAAAGAGCAAAAAAGAGAGCAUGCAGCGAAAGUCCUGAUCAACAGUCAGAAUCCAAAGUCAGAAGGUCCCAACCAAGCCAGACUCCUGAAAUGAGACAGGACAUCUGUUUCUUCUGCAAGCAGCCUGCUGGCAAUGAAGGCCUUCAUGAGGCUGCAACAUUUCAGGUGGACAAUCGAGCCUGAGAAAGCAUGUGCACUACCAGUGUUCCAUGCAUUGACCGGUUGUGACACCGUGUCAAGCUUUCUUGGUCAUGGGAAAAAGACUGCAUGGGCUGUAUGGGCUGUGUUUUAAGAGCUUACACAUGCCCUGUUGAAACUGUCUUCAGCCCCAAAGCACAUAACACAGGAAGUAAUGGCCACAAUUGAGAGGUUCAUUAUCUUAAUCUAUGACCGAACCAGCACAUGCACAGAAAUCAAUAUGGCAAGGAGGAAGUUAUUUGCAAAGAGGCACAAUGUGCAAGCAAUCCCUGCCACCAAGGCUGCCCUACAAGAGCAUGUCAAGAGAGCAGUAUACUAAGGAGGCCACGUGUGGGGUACAGUCCUGGUUUCAACACCAGAACUACCUUCACCGUGUGAAUGGGGCUGGUCAAAGACAUCUGAGGGGGACUUUAAACCCUUCUGGACAUCCCUACCAGAUGCUGGCCAGUCCAGUUAUGAACUGGUCUCUUGCAAAUGCAAGAAGGGUUGUGUUGGGCAGUGCAAGUGCAAAAAAGCCCACUUACAGUGCACAGCCCUUUGUUUCUGUGAAGGCGAGUGUGAAUAGUCUUCCCUGUUAUAGAAACUGGGUUUGUCUUGCUUAAUAUUAGCCUUGUGAGAUGGAAAGAUAACUCUUGGAAAUUCUAAAGUUCUUAAUGCAAAUUCUGUAUCAAGAAAAAUAUAUGUUUUGACACAGAGAUAUCCAUAUCUAACCAGUCGGCGGCCAUUUUGAAUUUUCAAUGAAAUUCCACCACUAUCCAAAAGACAUUUUACAAGUACUAUGUAUGGUAAAUAACUUUGAAAUAUAAUAUUAUAUCCAUCAUUCAUAAGAAAACAGUUAUCGCUGGCGGCCAUUUUGAAAAAUGGCUACCAUGGCCGCCAUGUUAAAAAUUCUUGAUACCUCCACAUCCAAAUCUUUUAAGAGGGCCAUUGGCUAUAAGUGUACCAAAUUUCAUGCUUUUAUCACAAAAUGCACCAUUCCUUUAUAUUCCGGACUUAAGCUGCUGUACUAAUACCCUGGCAAUACAAUUAAGCUUCAGUGUGACAAAUAGGACAUAAAAUAUUAUGGAAUCAACUGCAUUUUUAGUUAUGCUCGUCCUAUUCUUCAGGUAAUAUACCUUUAAUGGUAUCAGGCAUUAAAAUGAACAAGAAAUUGAAGAAAACAAGCGUGGUCUAAUAAUUUUUCCAUAACUGUACAUAGGAACUCUCCCAUUACACUGAAAUCGAACAUCUUGUCGUGUUACCAACAUAGUUAGAUACUGCUGCUGGGACCGAUUUACUCUCCCAUGUAUCUGCUCCAACAUUACACAAGCAUUUCGAGCAUGCUUCGUUUUGAACAGCAAAAAUACAUGGUAGGAAGCUGGAGUAAACAAACCCUCGACAGAAGAAAAAGGUAUGUAAAAAAAAUCUAAGCUGUCGUAUUGUAUGUAACUAUGCUACAGAGCUAUAAAGUUGUAUGGUAUGUCUUUUAUUUGACAUACAACUUGCUAAUCUGUUUGUCCACUGUUUUGAUGUAUUAUGUGUCGGAAAUGGCCCAGUAGUAAAGAGCUGAAAAGGGGCCUAUCACCACCUACUGCGGGGGAGGCUAAUAUGCUUUGAAAAUCAAUUCUCACCUGGCACUUUGUAACAGUCGUACCAUUCCUGUAACAACGUUAACAUCGCCAGGACGUCACUGAGUUGUGCCUCUGUUGUGGUCAGUUGAGAAGACGAGUACACGAUGAGCGGACGCCAUUAUUGAGUUCCCGUAAUUUAUUUUCUUUGAUCCUCAUCUCAGUUAACAGUGAGUACUGUGAGACUGCUUUGUCAUGUAUGAUAUAGCUAACAUGGUGUUUCAUUUAAUAAAAGAGCAUCAGCCGUGUGAAGUCCCAAGUUAACUGUUUUGUGGACAUACCUUUUUUCUUGCUCACACCACCCCUCGCGAGCUAACUGUUACAACUUGUAGACCAAAAAAAGGACAGUAGUUCAAUUCAAUUGUCUAAUCAAGCUAUAGCCAUAGCUAGACUGAACUGUGCAUGUAAAUGUACUGUACUAUGUAGUCAGCCACUACUCAAGACUCAACAUCGGUUACGUUUAGUGUAGUCUGAAGCUUACUAUAUGAGGACCACAUCUGAUUCGAGACACCUUAGAAUUAAAGUUUGCUCUCAAAAACGGGAUGGCUUUAAAAGUUUAGCGUCUCAUCUAAAAAAUGACUCAAGUUUAUCUCUUCAAAUUUUUUAUUUCUUAUUGAUGGAUGGAAAUUUUAUUUUUCAUUUCUUAUAAGAAGGAUAACACAUUUUUUCUUUGUGGCAAGUCUCCAGGCUAAGUCAAAGUGAAACCAAGGGUAAGUUCAGAUUGCUUAGAGAGCACUAAACCCUUAAUUUUUUAAAGAAGAUCCAGAGGACUAAAUUAAUUUUUUAACUGAAUCUGAUGAUUUAUUUUCAAAUACAUAUGUAGGCAACAUAGUCCAGGAGCAUGACCAACCCAGUUCCACCUCGGGAGUGCUUAAACCAGAACCCCUGUUAAUCAACCUGAUACAUGCAAGGAUACAUUCAUCCAAAUAAUGUUAAGUGUCUGGAGAAGGUAAGAAAAGCAUUUUUGAAGACAUUCCCACUUUAAUGAGGUCUUCUGUGAGUUACAGACCGUCUCUGGCGCCAAUCUCAAGGGCUUUUACAACUGUAACAAUAAUAGAGAGUAUUAAGGAGUUGUUCAAGACAGUAGAUUAGACAUCAUUAGUGUAAUAAUCACUAACUUACAAUGCAGAAGUAAUCAGGAUUAGCUCAAUUUGUCUUGAAUUUUGAACAUCUUGACCAGAGAUGAUUGUUUACCAUAUUACACUGAUUUUCCUUCUCCCUGGGUGUACAGUAAUAAUUAAGAAUAGUAUUAAACUAAUUUAUUUGUUUUCAGGGUCAUUACCAAGCUUGUCUUACAGUCUCUAACUUGUGUUAGCUCAGGAGGCUAACAUCAGAUAGAUUUUUUAAUUUUGGUCCUGUGUUUAAUUUUUAUUAUUCUCCCAUACUUUUCCUCAAUAUUAAGAAUAUGGUUAAGUUAGACAGCGUAGCUUUGUCUGUGCUGGUUUUACAUUUCAUGUAUAAGGCCUUCACUUUAGGUCAGAGUAUAAGGUUGAUGUCUUAACCUCCUAAACUUAAUAGUGCCAUUUGUAUUAUGGUUCCUUUGCUUUUCAGAUUAUGAAACAAUCUGUGUUAGCUCAGGGAGCUAAUGUGCAAAACUAAAACCUCAUAAAGAGAGCAGUACUACCUUUAGUUAUUUCAGGAACCUAUUAAUUGUAUACCAUCACUGCAGUAAGUAAUCCCAUGCCAUACCAUAAAUGAUAAACAUACAAAUGAUUUGUCUUAGAAUCUCAGAAAUUAUUGUUGACCAAUUAUAUGGCUGAGGGUGCGAUUACAUCAGCCCAUGUAGUUGUAACAUACUUCAAUUGAGCUCGCUUAUAUUGUCUUCACUUCUGACGAGAUUAAUGCGAGCACAUAAUAGAUUGGAGGACAACGCAAAAUAUACUGUAAUAUAUAGGGGUGUUGCCACUGUUUUGAAACUCAUCAGUAAGGUGAGCCUCAACAGCCACAGUAUGCUGGCCUGUCUAUACAGUCAGCUGUCCCCCUGAUGCUGCAAAACAUAAUAUUUUUGAAACAAAUGUGAUUUAAAAAUAAGGUCUGUGUAGAUAUGGACCUAAACUGUUGAUAGAACCAGAUUGUAAGCAUGUUUAUUGUUUCACUAAAGAUGGACUAUUCUUCAUUAGCAUGUAUGUGGCUCUGGCACUUCUCUCGCCCGCCUCAAGUGGAUACUGAUCUCUCAAGACUAGCAGUACUUGGGGAGGCGACAGCCAAAAAAACUGUACCCAAUACAGCCUCUUCAAUUUUGUAAAUAAAAGUGAUUAAGAGAGAUCUCGCCUAGUAAAAGGGCAUGGUAGAACCUGUGCUAGGGUCUUUGCAUACUCCAUUGGCUCUGAGUAUUUCUAGGCAUUCUUCAGCCACAACUUAGUAAAUCUGUUGUUAUCAAGGAUAUUAUUCAAAAUAUGACUUAACAGUGUAAUUGUUGUAAUUUAAAGUGAGUGCUUUGUGUGUUUGAACAGGACUUUGCAAAGUCAGUAAAGUAAGAUUUAAAGAAGAGCUCAGAUUUACCAUAUUAUCCCCUUUACCAGAUUAUAUUCACCCCAUCUCAUUGUCAAAUUGUGAUACUUGGUUAUGAAAGUGUUUAUUUGUGUUGUACCAGUUGCUCAGAUUUUUGAAAAGUCCUAAGAACAUUAACCUGGACCGGAUCUCAUCACAAAACAUCAUGUUGAUCAGAAAUGUUCAAUGUUUGUAAGAAAUGUGUGUUGUGCUUGUAUGAAGAUUCAGAUUUAAGUGUGAAGGAGCUUCACCCUAUUACUCCUAACUAUGACUUUUAUAUUGUGUUAGUGUUUGCAUAAGCUAAAUUUACCAUCUAUUUUUUUACCCACCUAAGUAAAUCAUACAUUUUCUAAGGUUAUUGACUUGAAUCACAUCAGCACAGCCUUUGCAAUGUGGUACAUCAAACUAGCUUUUCCUUUUAUUCUAUUUGAUAUGGAACCAGUGUUAGCUCAGGGAGCUAACAUAGAGAGCUUUUAGCCACAGUUAGAGGCCUUUGUCAUGCUAAUUUUAGCAGUUGAUGUGACACUACACCAUUGCUAACAGUCAUCUGAGGAUUUCUGAGGUCAUUGUGUCCUUCUGUAAAAUAUACUGUAAAACACAUUUGUAGAGUCAUUCCUUCUCCUGAGGACCAUUUUCCAAGCGGGAACAGGAUCAUCAUUUUUUGCUCUCAUCAAUCUAUGAGCCAGUCGGGCUUAACUUUGCGGGUACACCACCCAAACUGCAAUAGGCCACCUGUUACUGCUCCCACUUGUUCGCAUAUAGAUCCACUGAUCACACUGUGAGUCUCAUCUUUGACUUAGAACGGCACAGGUAACCCCUUUUGACAUGUUGGACCUGUGACUAGUAUGGCAGGCUCAGCUCAGAUCAGUUAAGUUCAGACUUAAGUGGUCCAGUAUGGAGUAUGGGAACAGAAAUGGAAAAUGAAUGUUUUGAAUACCAUUUUGGGACACACUUGACAUAGAACUAAUCAAUCUUUGAUUUGUAAUUUGUAAUAUGAUGUGAAGACAAACACAUGAUAAUGAUAUAAAUUUAUAAUAAUUUACAGUCACAGAUUUAAUUCCAUUGCUUUUCUCUAUAUGAAAUACUGGACUCAAUGUAAAAUCCCACAAAUGUCAGGUAGAUUUGUGAAAAGUUUUAAAAAAUGUAGAACAAGUGACCAUGAAAUGUUAGCGUAAGUCAAAGUUAUAAAGUUUGAUGCAGUUUAGUUAUUUUCAUAAGGUUUACAGAAAACUAGUAUUUGAACUCAAAUGUCAUGUUGGCAUUUUUGUUGUAUGGGUGUAAGUGGGCUGGCUGCUUGGGGAAAUUAGGUGUACACCAAAAUCCAGCAGCUAGAGAGACGAGACUGUAAAUACAAACAAAAGGUCAUUCAAAGACAUUCGUUUCUUUCAGGUGUGGAGAUUUUUUUAGCAUUUUUUGUUUUGAAAUGACUCAGAACCAAAAAAGAAAGAUUGAUUACCAUAUUACAAAAUGUCUUAGCAGUGAAGGUAGGUAAAUCGCAUUGAUAUCUCAAUUGUGCUCAUUAUUAGACUGUAAAUGUUUGGAUUGUUAUGUCCUAGUUUAGACAUGAUUAUUAUAAUCAUUAAGUUAAACUGAAAAAUCUCCCAAUACAUGUUAUAAAUCUAUCAAUACCAUUAUUCUGUGGACAGUUUUUUUUUAUUUUUUUUUAGAUUGAUGUGUGUAGUGUUACAACUACACCUGAAACCUCCUGCAGAGCUAGAUUUACAUUUUAUUACAGUAACAAUGACUUUAUUGAAUAAUUGACAUCGCAAGCUAGGAUGCUUUAACCAAAGAGGUGCUGCACCUCCAGGAAUUUGAGGUUUCUAAAGCAGAAAUAUCAUCUUAAAGUAGUAUAAUAGAAAUAAGUUAAAAACACCAUCAGCUAUAUAUUGGUACUUGUGGGUUGUGGAAUCUUGGGCAGGUUUCACAAAGAUCAUCAGGCUUUGGUUUGAAAUGUCACCAAUAGUUUAGCAGACUUAUGACAGAUUUUUCCCGGAAUCUGUUGCUUUAAAUACACAGCAUUCAAGUUGUUAUUUCUGUUUCUAUAGCAAUGGACUCAUCUGAACAAAACCAGUCUGAGAGGUUUUUGUAAAACCACCUUGAGGGUUGAUGCACAGUCCCAGCCUUAGAGGUCCAAUCAAAAAGGGUACUGUAGGAUCACCAUGUGCCAUUAACUUUAAGAUCUUGUUACUAACAGCUGUAUUCUCUUAAAAUUUCCAGGCAAACCGACCAGCUCUGAGCCCAAGAAUGUUUGGAUUUGUGGUCAUUCCCUGGUGUACUGGGCAGAGUCACGGGCCAAAUCUCCAGAGGUAGGUAUGCAGCUGGGCAUGGACCCCAGCAAGGUGACCAUCUGGUGGAAGGGCACCCAGGGCAUGACAUGGUCCCAGCUACUCCCCCAGCUCCACCAGCUGAAGGUCACCUGGCCCAACCCAGACGUCCUUAUCAUUCACUUAGGCGGCAAUGACCUGAGUACUGACUCCCCCACCGACCUGUUGGCAUCUGUCAAGAAGGAUUUGACCUCAAUGAGGAGCAUCUUUCCGCAGUGCUUGCUUGUUUGGUCAAAUAUCCUCCCUCGAAGGGUGUGGCGUCACUCAGCUGACAGCCAUGAAGUAGAUCUAGUCAGAACCACAGUAAAUCGGAGGAUCCAAAACAUAAUAUCUGAGCUGGGGGGCACCUCACUGACUCAUGAUAAUGUCAGGUGUGGGUCAAACACGGGUCUGUAUCGGGCAGAUGGUGUUCAUCUGUCCCCUAAAGGCAUUGAUGUUUUUAAUCUGAACCUUCAGGAUCUGCUGGAGAAAUGGGAAAUGGAGGUGAACUCAGCCUCAGAGAAAAGUUAAGAGUUGCAUGAGGUUUUUUUGUUUGUUUUUUUGUUUUCCUAAUGAUAGUUGUAUUGAUUGUAUCUGCAGCAACUUUUCCUCAAGCUCCUAACUCAUUAUGCCAAUAAAAUUUCUGAUUAUGUACAUAUGUAGUUUAUUUCCUAUACAGUAAUUUCAGUCUGAAGAUUAUCUGUUAACUCAAACUCUACCUACUGCUGUUGUACAUUGAUAUUUUCACCCUCUGAAUGAAGAGGAUGGUCAAAUCCACAACAGUGGAUGUUUUUUCAGAGAGUGACAUUUAAGUUUAUAUUUUGACAUUAUUUGCUGACUUUUUACUAUAGAUCAGUGAAGAUAUUUGUGAUGACUAGUGACUGGCUUGUUUUGUCUGCAAGUAAAUGUGGUUUCAAUAAAGACUUAAAAUCAAUGAACACAUAUUUUUCAUGUUGCUUUACGUUUGUGUCUUUUUUAAAGUUAAAAAAACAAGAUAAAGCUGCAUCACAAAUAAAGAGGCCCUGCAAAUACUGCAGCUGUUUAAGAAAGCAGAAACCAUCACCACUCACAACUUGUAGAAGUUGCACCAACGUGCAACUUCUUGUGUCGACUUUGACCAGAAUUGUUGAUGAUGUGCCAGUUUAUUUUCAGAAAAUCUAUCAAAAACUGUUUUUUUCCCCGACUUCUAGAUGUCUUUAAACAAAAUUAUUGAUUCAUUAAGUUAUUGUUAUUAUUCAAACUUUGGAUUUACAGUCAUGAUGCACUGAAUUCUGAUGUUCCACAAUCCAACAAGUCUGUGUUCUGUCCAUUUCCAUUCUGCCAAAGCUGCAGCGCUGAUAGGUUUUCACUUAAGUCUGAGGGUCCUCUCGCUCAUAUGGGUCAUAUAUUUGCCCUGUCCCUGCUGGACUGGGGCAUGAAGCAUCAAUCAGCAC